AUGGAGCGCGACGUGUGAGUGGAGCUCUGGCGGGGCGGGGACUCUGCCCCGGAAUCCCUGCCAAACGGGGCCGGAGAAAGGAGCGGGGAGGCAGAAGAGGGGGCCGGCCACUUUCCGGGGGGCUGGCAGGGGGUAGGGCCCCCCCCCGAGCGUGCAUGAUGCGCUGGCUUGGUACUUUCCCCAGAAAUGCGGGGCUUCUCUCUAGGCCAGGAGUCGCGGCGCCGCUUACUGCAGAAACCAUUCCGCCCCCCCACCCCCCCACCCCGCUGCCAGCGCCAUGGAGAACCUGGGAGCGGGGAAAGGGCGGAACUCUUUCAAAGCCCAAACACGGAACAGGAAAGCAAGGCAGGAAGAAUAAGAAUAAUACAAACACUUUAUUAAUGAACUUCUAAACCUCUGUCUCAAGGCAGUUAGCUGGGGAGGAUCACGCAUAUUGCAGCCGUCUGCUAAGCUGAGGACUUUCUCUUCUGGGGCUGUGUGCUAAGAUGGGGCUUGUUGGCCCGGCCUGCUGGAAUCGCAACCCCUCCCUCUUUCUUAUUCAGGGCUGAUUCAAGUGUCCCAUGGCAGGGCUUUUUUCUUGAAUUCCUGUUGAGAGCCAUGUACAGACCCCCCCACCCCCGCCUAUUUCCCCAUCCUUCUCAUUCCCUCACUUGAGUUCUUCAGUGUUUUAUAAUGUGCAGUAAAAUAUGUACACAGGAAGCAAAACUUAUUUAUGUUGUUUGUCCCGGGUGUUCUUAACUCUGUGCCUGUGGAGGAAGUAGUGGUAGAAAGAGAAAAGAGAAGACUGGUUGGGAAAGAAAGUGACUGGAGCAGGACUGGAGCAGGAGCAGGCACUGGUUUUGUGCAGAAGCAGCGUGCCUCUGGACAAAGAACGGAAGACCCAUCCUUUCGAGUUUUUGUUUGCAAGCAGCAGGAGCAGUGGCAUAGCAUGGGUUGCUGGUGUCCAGGGCAGGGCAAAUGUUGUGCCCCCCGGGGACUGGGCAGCUGGGGUGGCUCCGGAAGACGGCAGGAGCUCAGCAGGGAGCCUGCUGCGGGGGCGCCUGGUUGCACCCGUCUCAUAAUUUUGUGCCCGGGGCCACCGACCCCUAGCCCCCCUCCCACUACGCCGCUGAGCCACACUUGGAAUCAAGAGCAGCAGGUUAGUCAUAGGGUUGCCAUAUUUUGAAGAGCAAAAUGAGGAUGCUAUGACGGCCAUUCAAAGCAAAUAAAUGCAAUUCGUCUCAAAUUUUACCCCUGAAAAAGAGGACGUGUCCUGGAAAAAGAGGACAAGCCUAGGACAGGCCCGGGUCUUGUUCAGAAAGAAAGUGCUUAGGACCUCUAAGUCCCUUUACUUCUCCUGUCAGUGACUGGGCACUCAGGCCUGCCUUGAAGUCUCACAUCUUGGGCUUUGCUUUGUAAUCUGCACUGUGUCAGGACUGGUUGGGGUUACUGAGUGUUGAGGCGAAGACAGUCUGGACAUGCUCAAUGGCACAUAUGUUACUUUUGCCCUGGCAAGCCACUCAUUGAGAUGACUCCAUAGGAGGGUCAAAGCCUGCCUGCUCCAAAGGGGGAGGCGUAGAAGUUGGACUGCAUCUUCCCUCCAGGGUCAGGGUGGGGUAACUUUUGCAUCCUGUUGCAGCAUUUCCUAUAGGCGUCAAGAGCAGCCAUUUCUUAUCUGGGAGAAAGUAAAGGUGUGCCGGGGAAAGGGGUCGCUGUGCCUUCUGCUCACAGCCUUUGCCAGUUGUAUACCCUUUUAUUUUGUAUCUGGGGACUUCAGUGGGAGCCACUGAGAACCAAAGCUAUCCUGAUCACCCACCCUUUUACAUGCUUAAUCAUAGCCACUCUGGAAUUCCAAGUUUUGGAGGGGAGGGGUUGCACUGGAAUGCAAUAGAGAGCCCAGAAAGCGGCUUUUAGACAAUUAGGCAGAUAUUCCAGGACUGAAAUCUGGGGCUGAAAACAGGAUAUGAGGCAAAGUCUUGCUUAGGAUGAAACAGCACAAAACAUGUUGAAAUGGACCCGCCUUGAGCUCUGGUGGCUGCCCUUCCCUUCCAACGUUUCUCCUUUACCUGCUUCCUCAUUUGGGGUGGGGGUGUUAAUCUUCACCCCUUUCUCCAAGUUGGUUGCCUCCUUCAUGUUUUGAUGAGAAAACAACAGGGCUUUUGAGGGGAGGGAGAAGGGGCUAUUAUGGGAAGAAAUGUGGACCUGGUUUCUCAUCCUCUUCAGUGUCACUCUCUUGAGUCGCAUAGGGGAGGGUGGUUGGGAGAGGCAGAAACCUGCUGCUCUCAUCCUGAUCCCUCUGGGUCGCCUCUCUUUGCUCUGAACUCUGCAGUCCCAGUGGUCCAUCCUGCUCCUCCUGUGCAGCUUCCCUAGCAGAUCCUUCCUUCUGACCUUAUGUGACCCAGGCAGCUCAGUGUGCAUGCUUGCCAACAUGUACAUCCUCUCCAGGCUUCCCUGCCUCCCAUCAGGUACACCCCCAAGUGCUCACCUUCGGAGCCUUUCAAGUGAGACUUGCUUUUGCCCCAGAAGCUUCUCCUCCUGCAGCUGUCAUCUCAGAGGAAGGGGCAAACUGCUGGCUAAGAGAGGCGUGGGAUUGGCAGAGACCCACACGGCUGCCAAGAGAGUUCCAUGCCAUGUUGCACAUGCAGCUGUAGUCAACCAAAGACCUGCACAUCAGUUUUCCUGGAGGGUGAAGGACCCCUUCGAAACAUCACUCCAUGUGUAUUGCAGCCUAGCCCUGCUGGCGCUUCACCCUCAGCCCUGGGGCCCUGCCCUUCUGACCAGGAUCCCUCUGCUCCACUCCUCCUGAGGAACAAGUGCCUCAGCUUGUUGUCAGCAUUGUUGGCUCUCUCUGGGCUAGUUCCCUGCUUCUUCUGUCUCGCCUACUGUAGCUUUUGUCUCCUUGAUCCCUGAAUACCUCCCCACCCAAGUGCUUUCUUGCUCUUUCAUGCCAGGCGGCCCUCAGUUCUGUGACCCGCCAAGUGUUCUGCUGCCUAUCUCUUCCUGCACCUGUAGCUGCUGUGACCUCUAAUCCUUGUCCCCAGGGAACUGCUGCUCUCUGUUUCUCUUUCUCUUUCCCUCCCUCUCCCCCCCUUUCCAUGGCCCAGUGUGUGGCUGAGUCUCUUCGUUUGGCCAGGGGGUGUUGCUAUGUUUUUUUUCUGUUUGUUCAGUGCUGUCCUUCUUUUUUCUUGACUUUGUGUUUUUUCUUCUCUUCCUUCCCCUCUCUCUGCCCAUCCAUCCACCCACUCCUUCUGGCACAUUCCUUCCAUCUGUGUCCACACAUAUCUCUUCCUUCAUUUAUUUCUCUACACACAUCUCCCUUCCUCUCCCUCUCUUUCUGUCUCUCUCUCUCUCUCUGUUGCUCCGUCUCUCUGCUGCCUUCUAUAGGUCGUCCACGUGUCCCACUCUGCACCAGUACUGCUGUUCUGCUCAGUCGCUUCUCCACUCGCAGCUAGCUUCCCCCGCCAGGCACACAGGCUGCAGGUAAGCCACUCACACCCACUACCCGCAACUUGCUCACUCCAAGCCAUUCCCAUGUCUCAACAUGCUAUGCUUAUCCACAAAAUCCAGCAUUUCCUAGACUUCCUGGUUCCCAUGACAGCCCUGAGGGUUGGGUUGCUUGUAGCUCCCUAGGAUGUAGAAGGCUGGGGGGGGGGUCAUAGCACAGUGGUGGAGCCCCCUGCUUGGUAUGCAGCAGCUCCCAGGCCCUGACAUUUCCAGGUAGGGCUGGAAAUGCCAACCCCCUGAAGGGUCACUCCUGGCCACUUUAGACAAUCCUAAGCUUGAUGGGCCAAUGCUGUUGCUCAGUGCAAGGCAGCUUCCUUUGUUCUUAACAUCAGGCGGAAUGGGCUGGAUUUCUGGGGUCUUUCCCCAGCAAUAGCAGAAUGUUCUGGUCACCAAGUGGGAAAAGAGCCAAGAUUAUGGGGGUACUGCUGUCAGCUGUAGAUAGUUACUUCAGCUGCGGCAAAGCGAGAUGCCUUUGGUAGUUCCCCUCUUCUGCUCUGCUCUCACUGCUGCCAGGGGGCUCUGGAGGCUGGCCUUAGGCCCACAGGGAGUUAGCAGGCGCCCAGCAAGACAACUGGUGUUGGCCUUGUGAACCUGUGGGGCUUUUGUCCCCAUAAAAGGAAAUACUGGAUUUCAUUUCCUCCAUGCUUGCAACAUCCCUUUGCAUUUGCCUUACCUGUGUUUCUCAAACUUGGGUCCCCAGCUGUUGUUGGACUACAACUCCCAUCAUCCCUAGCAAGCAGGACCAGUGGUCAGGGAUGGUGGAAGUUGUAGUUCAACAACAGCUGACAACCCAAGUUUGAGAAACACUGCACCCCUGCCGCAGCUCACUCCACCCUAGACCCUGCUGAUCUCCAUUAACAUCUUAACACAAACUACCUUCUCCCUCACACCACGCUGCAGCCUCAGGUUACAAAAUAAGGACACUCUCAUCUCUGUUUAUGCCAUGGAGAUAAAGAAGCUGGGGUGUGGGCCCAUUUUGUGCUCUGGGGCUAGUUUUGACAAGGGGGCUUCAGCUCACGCAGAGACUGUGUGUGUGUGUGUGUGUGUGUGUGUACGCAUGCAAGUGUUUGCAAGAGCCUAGAGCAAGUGUGUCAGACAGAAGCUGUGUGAGCAAGACUGAAUGUGCAAAUGAGUGAUCAUAAAAUGGGUCCUUAGCGAGUGUGUUGAGGAGUUUCAGCAAGCCUGCCCAGAGUUGCUGUCUCUCUGUCUGUCUUUUUUUCUUUUGCUGAUCUUCAACAGCAGUUUGAUAUACAGACAUUAAGUAGAUGUAACUUUUCCUUGUAUGGAGAUAAGAAGAGACGACCAGCUUUUGAACUGUCCCCCUUCUUGCUGUGGCUUGAUCUGCAGCAAUUAGCAUGGCAGGUGGGAACAUGGAUCUCUGUGCCAUGAGAAAUGCCACCUGCUAAAUCCUGGAGUUCAAAGUGAAACCACAAAGAGAUAAGUUGGGGGCUGGGUAGAUGGGGGAAUGUUUCACGUACUUAAUGUCUACCUGUUAGACUGCUGUGAAAAGCAGAGGUUCCCUGCCAGAAAAGAAAUUGGCAGCAUUAUGACUUUUUGUGGGGGCAGGUGUAACUCUUGAACAAGUCUACUUCCUACAUUCAUAACAAUUUCUCUGUAGCAAAUAGUCAUAGCCAAAUGCAAAAGAGGACAGGCUCCUACAGCUAUCACUGUUUAGAAGACGGGAUUCCAGCAGGUGCUGAAAUUGCCUUUUCUACACAACUCUGAUGGGUGCAAGGGUCCCCUCUUCUCUGGCCUUUGGCCAUGCUGAAAGGAAAGCUGCCUUUUCCACGUAACUUUAAGGGGGAAGAAGAUCCAUGUCCUCCUUUUUACACAUCACAGCUAGCAGAGCUUUCCUGGUUGCUAACACCCCCCCCCGGGUGCUUUUAACAGCUGUGUGACAAAGGAGACAUUCAGCUUUCUUCACCUGCUGAAUUUCUGUUUAUCAUACAACUAUUAAUUAUAUAAUAGCUGGGCAAGCAAAAGUAAUAGAGGAAUAGAAACAGACAGCUCAUGUGCAUAACGAGUGGUUGUGACGGACUCUGUGCAUACAUCUACCAGACCUGCAGAGUUCGUGGCCCAUCACAGCCUUUAAUGAGAGCUCCACCUCUCUUUUAAAUCAGAACCAGUGAAGGCGGUGAAGGACCUGUGUGAGUAUCUGGAGGUGGUUGGUGGAUGGAUGGCGGCUAACAGAUUGAGGUUGAAUCCUGACAAGACAGAAGUACUGUUUUGGGGGGACAGAGGGCGGGCAGGUGUGGAGGCCUCCCUGGCCCUGAAUGGGGUAACUGUGCCCCUGAAGGACCAGGUGUGCAGCCUGGGAGUCAUUCUGGACUCACAGCUGUCCAUGGAGGCGCAGGUCAAUUCUGUGUCCAGGGCAGCUGUCUAUUAGCUCCAUCCACACAGGCUGAGACCCUACCUGCCCGCAGACUGUCUUGCCAGACCUUUAAAGCCCUAAAUGGCCUCAGUCCUAUAUACUUGAAGGAGCAUCUCCACCCCCAUUGUUCAGCCCGGACACUGAGAUCCAGCUCCAAGGGCCUUCUGGCAGUGCCUGCUCUGCAAGAAGUGAAGUUACAGGGAACCAGGCAAAGGGCCUUCUUGGUAGUGGUGCCUGCCCUAUGGAACAACCUCCCAUCAGAUGUCAAGGAGAUAAUUAUACAACCUUUAGAAGACAUCUGAAGGCAGCCCUGUAUAGGGAAGCUUUUUAAUCUUUAAUGUUUUAUUAUGUUUUUAUAUAUGUUGGAAACCACCCAGAGUGGCUGGGGCAGCCCAGUCAGAUGGGCGGGGUACAAAUUUUAUCAUCAUCAUCAUCAUCAUUAUUACAUAUAUCUCACUAUGGCUGAUAAUCCUUAUGAGGCUCUAAACAAUGUCUUUUGAGCCCCCAGGUAUGCCAAGUGGUCCACAUUCAGUCAUACUUUGUGCAGAGCUGGUCUAAACUGUAGGCUGGUUUGGACAUAAUACAUGUAUUUUGGUCCUUGUUCAUAGUGCUUCACCUCCCCAAUAUGAGCUAAGAUAGAGAAACUUAAUGACUGAACCAGCACAGAUGACUAGUAACAAUUCCCGUAAUUUCAGCAACUUUUCAUGUUUCUUUGCAAGAUAGUCUAUCUCAGGAAAGGCAGUAGUGCUUGUUUUGGGGCAAAAAAAGUUUUGUGAAAACUACCCUAACGUCAUGUGUAAAUAUGGUCAUGAUUGUAAGUUUUGUGAUGGAGAAUCUGUGGCCCUCUAGAUGUCUCUAGGCUACAGCUCCCGUCAUUUCUGUUUACUGGCUAUGCUGGCUGAGGCUAAUGGGAGCGCAAGUUCAACAACUUCUAGAAGGCCACAGGUUAACCACUCCAGGUGUACAGGAAAGUAAGUAAAAAAUUCAGUACUGCACACGAAUUACAAUUGCCAAACACAACUGUACAAUUCAUUUCGCUUGUGUUCACGUGGACAAGGCAGUGCUAAUUUUUUAAGCAGUUGGCUUAACCAUGCAGUUCAGUUAUGUUAUGUAUAUGGCUUUAUGUAUUCCGUUUCUGCUACACAGAAGGUAUCCCAGGUCUCUCUGCGUUCUAGAGAGGAAAGAAUCAUUUAUGGUGGACAGAGGAUAGCAUUCUCAUAGGCAAGUCUGUGGCCCUCCAGAUGUUCUUGGACUACAACUCCUUGACCAUUAGCCAGGCUGGCUGGGGCUGAUGGAGUCCAAGUACACCUGGAGGGCCACAGGUUCCCCAUUCUUGGUUUAGGAAUAGAGAGUUGAACCAGACCUUCUGAGAGGCAAGGUGAGUUGGCUGCUUCAGGUGGGAUGGGCCACUAGCUCAGCAGUAAGAGCAAGUGCAGAAGUUUUCUGGUUCAGACCCUGUCAUCUCCAGUUGAGCAACCUCAAGUUGCAAGGCUUGAAAGAACUGGCAAGCCACUGAGAACUGGAGAAGAUCACACCGAGCUGGAUGGACCCAGUGGUCUGACUCGGUAUGGCAGCUGCGUAUGCUUAUAUGAAUUCCAUUCAGGGCUGCAGAGCCCUUGGGCAGGAAAGUGUCCCAAGAUUGUUCCCAUGUCAGUAUGUGGACGAGAAUGCCCAGGGGCGAGUGGGGGCAUCCCCAACGCCAAAGUGGCUUGGGCUGAUCCUGCUUUGUAAAGCUCUUUUCUCAUCUUAACCUUCAAGUUAAAUUACCAUUCAUUUAGCCUUCAUUUUAUGAACAAACACUUAUAUAUAACACAGGGGAUUAUGGGAGCUGCAGUGCAGGGAGACUCUGGGGUGCUAUUGAAUGUCUUGUCUGUCACAGGAUUGUGGAGUAAAGGUUGAGACUUUUUUGUCCAUUUUUUUGUCCCUAAGCCAUAGUCAAUUUGUAUAAGAUGACACGCUGGACGUGGUAAUAUUUGGUGCAGACAGAAUCAUGGGAUCAGUUUCCACAGAGUUCAUGUAUCCAAGAAACAGUCAAGCAUUAUGAGCAUUCACAAACUUUUGUCUUGAUUUGGCUCCAGCUACUAUUUGGAACAAAAAUUGCAAAGAAAUUAUGAGGAAAAUGCAGGGCCUGGUAACUCUGGGAUAUCAUUGCCUUGUCUUGACCAUACAAGGUUGUGUAGUGGAGUUUUGAAUAUGAUUCUCCCUCACUCACUUUCUGAGUAGAAUGUCUUACACAAAAUUUUAAAAGAACAGUACCAAAAGAAUAGUGCAGAAGAGAGUCACCAGCUUUAUUUUUCUACAGGGGCUCCUGUGUUGUCUGACAUUCAUUAGGUGAAGCUUUCUCCCAUCACUGCAUCUGCCUGCCAAUAAAAAAAUCACCUGCUGAAUUUCUGUUUCUUGUGCUGCUAGGAGGAAAAAAUAAACGGCAGCCUGAUCUAUGUUCACUGAUGCCCAGAAAUAACCCUGUGGAAGGACUCAGGACUGCUUGCCUUUGCUCUUGUGAACAGAAUGAGAGGAGUGGGGAGAGGAGAGAAUGAAUAAAUGGAUGGAUGGAUGGAUGGAUGAUAAUGAAUAUUAAUAAGACAGUGAUCUAUUCUGUAAACAAAGUGUGAUGGUGCAGUAGUAUUUGAAUGAAUCGUGUAAGAGAAAAGUGGAAUUAAGUUGGCAGGCAGGAUAGUUAAACGAGGAUUUAUUUUGGGUUGCCAGGCUGCAACCCAGAAAUCCAUGCUGUGCCCUUAAGCAAGGCAACCGGUUCCUUUCCCUGUCCUGUGUCACACACUUGGAGGCUAGGUUCAUUACAAUAUUGGGGGAGGGCAAGAGAACUGAGGGGGGAAGUGGCAGGAGAAAACACAGCUGUGUCCACCCCCCAUUUCCUCUGUUGCAUUAAAGGUACAAUGCAGAGUUCCAGGAUGUGACCUGGAGUCAGCAGUCAGCUUGGCCAGGGAUGAUGACAGUUGUAGUAUAACACCAUUUGGAGGAUGAAGAAUGAUGGAAAAAUUGUAGGUGCAUUCUCUUUUGUGAUUUGGAGAAUUCUGUUAAAGAAAUGGGGCUUUUUCCGGGUUUUGGCUUAGCAAUCUUUAAAUGGGUUGUGGGGAGAAAUGAAAAGCCAAAGGUUUGUUAAGUUUCCCUGCUUGCCUUCCAGCUUGAAAGAUGCAUCACAUCACCAUCUCCACUCCAGCCAUUACCCUGCUGUCCCCCCCCCCCGGCAAUGGAGGGUUUGUCUGCAGGAUUAUAAUCCUUCUCUGUCUGUCUGUCUGUCUGUCCCCUUCCCAUUUUCUAGGGAUGAUGACGAGGCUGAGGACGUCCACCAGUUUUGUUGCCCUGCCUCUGAGUGCAGCAGCCCCUCCUCUAGGUAACCUGGAGGGGGUGCCACCAUCCCCCUUCCACGUCUUGCACUUCUAACCUGGACCCUGAGACCUCACUACACCAGCUUCAAACCCUGCCCCCCCCCCGGCACCCCAGGGAUGGGCUCAGAGGCCGUUCCAGAGACACACUUUCCCUCCUGCAUAGAUCAAAGGAGGGGUUCAUGGCAAACAGUUCCUGCCUUUACUCAGCUUUGAAGCAGGCAGGUUCAUCUCAUUUGUCAUCUCUGAGUUUGGUCUUUUGCAGUCUCUGUUCUCUUGCUCUUUGCAUCCUUUUGUAUUUUGAUAUUUUGGUUCUUCGGUUCUGUGAGCUUUCUUACUAGCUCCUAUGCCCUUAAUAAUCAGCCCAGCAUACAGAAAUUUAGCAGGGGAAGUAUUUGUCAUCUCCAUGACAAAGGGUGGGGGGAAAUGUCACUUUAAAAAAUUUAUUUGCAACAAGAGCAGGGGCCGUAAACAAUAGCAACAAAAGUACUUCUCCAUUUGAACUUGACGAUCAACCACCUUCCCCCACAACGGGGGGGGGGGUGUUGCUUUGACCUCUACUUUUGUGUCAGUGACACUCCCUCACUGUUCCAGACUUUGGUUUUGAGCUUUGAAUUGGCUUUUUGAAACCCCAGAUUGCCAACAUUUCUGCAAUUGACCCUGUCUUAAACAGCUACCUGAUAGGCAGAAACAUACCGGGGACUCCUACAUUUCUCUCUGGUGGGGGCUGCUUGCAGGAGCCUGGCUGAUACAAAGGUGGCAACCCAGUUUCACUCUAGCCCCCCCCCCCCUUUCUGCUCAUCUUUAACCCUCUUAAGUUUUGGUGUAGCUAAUCUCUACUGUCCAUAUCUUGACUUUAGAUCUCCUUUUAUCACUCAAACUUGCUUCUGCCAUUCUGUUGUAACAUUGCUAAAAAAAGAAAGAAAAGAGGACCUGCUCCUGCUGCCAACGCUUCCCAGUGGCCAUGCUUGCUUUGCUUCCUAAACCCAGACAUGGUUGAGUUGCCAGUUUCUACAGUGCCCCUUCUCUGCCUCUAACAGCAGCUGGCAGGCAGAAGUUAAGCUGGUGAGACUUUUCUUGGUGGGGGUAAGGAGAUGGGAAAAGCUUCACUUACUAUUUAUGGCUGGCAUAAAAGGCACUGGAGCAGGGCUGUUUCAAAAGCUGGCAACCCUACUGAUUUGUGAGGGAGUUGGCUGUGCUAAGGGGCUUGGUCCCAGAGGAGGCAGCGAUGGCCACCAACUUGGACGGCCUUAAAAGAGGAUUGGACAAAUGCAUGGAGGAGGAGAAGGCUGUCAGUGGCCACUCGCCUCUGUGGCUUUGCUCUGCGUCCACAGCUGGAGGCAGAGAUGCUUCUGAAUAUCAGUUGCUGGAAACCACAGGAAGGGAGAGUUGCCCUUGGGCUCGUUUCCCACAUGCAUCUCGUUGGCCAGUGUGAGAACAGAAGGCAGGACUAGAUGAGCCAUUGGUCCCUCUAGUGGCUUACUGGUGUGGAAGGUGCCUUUCACAGUCCUAGGAGCAGUCUUCUCAAGCCAGUCUGCAGGUUCAGAGGAUACAAAUCCUACUUAAGGGGCUGCAUAGGAGGCUGACACUUGAAGGACAGAGUCUUGCUUUGAAAAUGAAGCUGGAUAGAAUUUUAUUUGACCUUUAACCUGUAACUAAAUCUUGAGUUGACCUUUCAGCUCCUGUGUCAUUUUUGACGCCCUUUGUAAAAGCUGACCUGUAUUCUGAUGUUUAGUAUUUGCUGUUGGUUGUUUGGUCUGUAAGAACAUGGUUCUGGCACCAAUCCUGACCACACUUCAUUCAUUCAAGGAAGUGCUCAUUUACUUGGGGGAUGGGACAGGUUCUGAACUCAUAAUUUCACUUUCUUCAGUGUGUCCUUGCAUCAUGGCUGUGGUGGUCUUCUAAUCUCUUCACACAUUACAUUUUAAAAUUGUGAAAAGCAAAUGUUACAGCUGCUGCAUCAGGCAGGCACACUUACUGGGAGGCUCUGGCUUCCUGCUGCGUCUACACUGUACACUUUUACUGCCACAUAAUGGGGAGACUUCCCCACCCCUGGUCUUGUCUCUGGAACGGACUCUGCCAAAUAUCCCUAACCUCCCCCAACCUUUUGCUCCAAUCUCAGUUUACACAUUUUUCUAUGCAGACGCAUAAGCCUUAAAUAUUACCCCCCCCUUUCUGCUUUUUCACCACCCCCACGGGGAAGAGCAUUUCCAAACAACCUUUGCUGCGCCCCUCAACUCUAAAUGCAGUUCUUGCACUGGCCUCUAGGGGUCCCCCUACAUGCACUUUUUCUGCCUGUCGCUGCUCCGUCUCAGCCUUCCUUGCAAUUUCAGGAUGCUACCCGAAAGAACAUGGAAACCAACCAAAAAGAAAACCCUCUUUGGAAUCAGCUUCGAUUGUUUGUUCCCUGUGGGACUCUGUCCAAACUGGGCACCAGCCUCUACCCUGCAAGACUAUGUGCCCUUGGGACCAUCUCUCUUUUCCUUUCUCUCUGUUUCUCCUUCCGGGCUUCAGGACCUGCUAGCCAACCCCCCAGGGAGCCACCUUGGAAGCAGCAGCUCUCUGCUUAAUCAAGCAAACUGUUCCGGCGUCACAGACACUGGGUGUGGGCCGGGAAUCCUGGACCCUGGAGGAUUUUGCAGGCUGUGAAGUGUGCAGACUCUGCCUUCUUGUGCUGUGGGAGGGGGCACUCUCUGUUUUGCUUGUGCUGUCUCCUGGGUUGGCGCCAUGCAUAAGAUCUUGUAUUCCCAUCUGGGCCACCUGUGGAUUUCAUUGGAAGAAAAAAAUGGCUAGGUGGAGGCAGGGCGGGCGAAGAAAGCUCACGGGGUGUUAUCUACAAGGAGACAUUUUGCCAAAUCUGCUCUACUACUGCUGAGAUUUUGAUACUCAGUGUGAGAAAUGUUUCCGACUUUCCCCAUCUUGUCAAUGUGAAAAAUGAGUGUGCGAGUGGUGGAGUGUUGGCAAGUUCCACUCGUGGUUCCUGGAGUGGCCACAAGAGAAAGCUGUGUUAAUGGCACAUGCAUUCUCCAGUUCAGCGGAUUAGACAAACUGGUGGCUGAGGUGGUGGGACAUAUGGAAUUCUGCCUGAUAAUAAUCCCUGUGUGCUUUUCUGGGGGGAAGAGUCUUCAAGGGAUGGCCUCUGGUGCAGACAUCUGGGGAAAGUCAGUGACAAGGCCCAGACUUUGCUUGCCAAAGGUCCCAGGUUCUUUUCAUUUAAAUGGAUUUGGGUGGCAGCUGUGGCGUUGCAUCCUUUUUUGGUGCUCACGUGUGUGCAUGGGCAGGGCAAGCAGGGCUUUCGCCGCCAGCGGUGCCAGGCACGCAUGCACAGGGCACAGGGGGUUCACGGAGAGCUCACACACCAGCUCAGCCCUGGCUGCUGAAGGAGGAGGAGCCCGAUUGGCCAACGCAGCCCUUGGUGAGCAAAUCCCCCCCGAUUCAACAAAGGGACUGGGGACGCGGUGGGCUCUGGGACGUCAGGCAGGGCAGGCUGGUGAUCCCUGUGUGGGGGCACCUGGCUCACACCCCCUAAAAAUUGUGUAUCUGGGGCUGUGCACCCCCGGGGUCCCACACUAGCCCCUGGGUGUCAGGGCUGUGAAACACCUUUGCCUGAGUGAUGAGCCUUUGAGCCUCCAGGUGCUGCUGGACGUUGCUCCCAUCAGCUCCAGCCAGCAUGGCCAAUGGUCAGGGUUGAUGGGAGCUGUAGUCCAGCAGCAUCAAGGAGUCUAUGGGUUUCCCAUUCCUGGAGUAGACUGAGCUGCUUGAUGGACCACUGGCUUGACCAAACCAGGUUCAUGCAUACAUCUCUUCUCCUACACAUCAAUGGUUGGGCAGAGCGGCUUUUUCAAAGGCAGCAGCCACCUCUCCUUUAGUGCAAAGGACUCUGGGAAAGCCACGACUUUAAUCCGAUUCUGCCGCUGGGGCAAAGCAAAGAGGUAAGCAGUAGUAGUUUAAUCCUCACUGGUGUGGCAGUGUGAAUUACAGCUGCUGUUGGCAAAGUAGGUGCUGAUUCCUGUGUUACCAUGGCAACGUGCGUACCAUCGCAAAAUUGGCGUGUGGUGGGGAGGGAUCUACAUUUCUGCACAGCUGAGAAAAUACAAUCAUGGUUAGUUCCCAUGCCAGCACUUUACCUUCAUCUUGGUAGUUCAACCACAUGGAAGCACGUUAUUUGAUGACAACUGUGUCACCGUCGUAAUAUAUGAAUCAGGUGACCAGAAAGCUCAGAUUAUGCUUUUGGACUCCAGAGAACUGCUACAGCUGAGCAUCCACAGAACACGACAGUUCUGUGUAGGAAAUAAUGUGUGAUGAUAACACAUGUCUAUAUUUUGCUGUGCUAUGGCAAAAUACAUGUGUCCUGUGGUCAUGUGGGAUAUUCUUACAUGUGGCUUGCAUGUUAUUUCCUGCAUGGACUUGAUUUCUGUUUUCUGGAAUUCAUCAUGUUUGAAGCACUCCUGACCCUACACAGAGUCUGUACAUUUGCAUCUUAAUUGGCUUGCUCUACUAUAUGUUGACUGUACAGUGUUUGUGCCUUUUCCUAGCUGGGUUUUGUAAAACAAAACAAAAAACAAGAUCUACUUUUUUCUUGCUGCCCUAAAACCCCAAUCUAUUAACUAUGGUUAAGUACAGUAAACGAGAGCAGGUCAUGGGACCCUGCACUUCUUGAUCCCCCUCAUCUGGCCGUCUUAUUCAUAGUUAUUUCUGCAUUGACUGUAAAAAUGGCUGUCCCUAACUAGGGUUUCUGCCUUAAACAGAGUUUGCCAACUAGUUUCAAAUGCUGAUUAAGAUGGGAACUCUGGUUUGCAUUAUCCAUGGUUAAUGCUGCUGUGAUAAGGGUGUGAGCCCAGUCUUGAUCUCCCAAUAGUCAUGAUAUCAGGAAUGAUAUCCCUGUCCCUGCUCUCAAAACUACAUGUUAUGAGGAAUUUAUGGCUUCUGCAAUUCUACAUCUCCACAAUAAAAAUUCAUUAAGCAAGAAGCAGGACAUGUCAUCAUACUGAAUAUUCCCACUCCCUUGGAAGUAUUACAGGGGACACAAUGGAUGGAGAUAUUCAUCUACAACAGCAUUCCUCGUAAGAUGCAGGCUAAAACAGAGGUUUGCUUGCUCAUACAAAAUCGUUAACGAGGUGGGGCAGAAGAAAAAAGCAUUGGGCUCUGUGCUGGGUGAAGAAGCAGUCCCAUUCAAAUGCUCCUUAUUUCUACCCACUUGACCAAUAUGUUUUUACACACACACACACACACACACUGCCCACAACCAUGAGGGCUAGAUGCUUGCUUGUUUAUUUUUUUAAACAAAAGCUCAGAUUCUCAGGAUUCCACCAGUAUUGGAUUUUGGUAAGCCAUAAAGCGCGUUCUGCUGUGCAACUGUGGGCCUUGGCACAUUUUAAAAACCACUUUCCUCUUCCACAAAACUAUGGCAAUCUUCUGCAAAUUGUUGAAACUGCACUGAACUCCUCCCCACCCUCCUGUACCAUUGGUGUGAAUAAGGAAUGUAGCUAGCACUACCUGCCAUACAGCAGCUGUGCAAAACAGGAGCAAACGUGAUGAGUUGCACCAUUUCAGGUGCGGUGUGUGCCCCACCAGUUUACAAGUAUGCAAAAUGAGUGUGUACUGCAAUGAGGUUUCUUCAUGUUAAGCUGCCUUUGUCCUCAUUCCCCUCCCGUGCCCCUCAGGGUUUUCCUACUCCCUGUUGGAUCUUGAGGGCACAGUAUGAGACGUUGCACUGCCCCUACAUGCAAAACAAGUCUGCCUUGCACACCAAGGGAAGGCUGUGUCUUAUGAAGCGGCCAUAAUUACUUUAACACACUGACCAGUUGCUUGGUCCCACACUAGCUGAAUAGCCAUUUGCCAGCCAGUUAUGAAAAUGGGCUUGGACAUAUUGUGCAAACAGGUGCUGCUAGGGGGAGAGACUGGGGAGGAAAGCUCCUCUCCUGCCCCUGCCCCCACCUGCCUGUGGAGCAUGUCAGGAAUACAUGCUGAUCCCUCUCUGGGGCAAUUCCCUCCCACCACCUGUUUUGGUCCCCUUUGCUCAGCUCCUCAGUUUCCCUGCCAGGUAUAGGCUGUCCCAUAUUGAUGUGUGCUGCUUGAAGAAGCCCAUUGCUCCAUGUCUUCCCACCCCAACUUGUUUCUGUAAAUAAGAAACAAAAGAGGCUUUAUAACAAAUACUCUUGUGUACAAAAAUGAUUUCGGUCAAUAAAUCUAAGACUUCUGUCUUCUCUGAACCAAACAAUAAAGAAAAGAACAAUUAAAUGGAUCCUGCAGACUGCUGUUGCCUCUCCUCCCUUCUUCUCUCAAAUCUCGCAUUCUCUGCAAGGCUGAGUAGGAGCUGGGCUGCUGCUUCUGAGACAUUUGGUGGGUGGGGAGCUGGAGGAUCGGAAGGUAGGGACUGUACUAAAGGAGGGAAAUGGAGCAGGUGGCUUCCCUCUGUUUUGCUGUCCUAAAGCUACUUUUCCACAGGCUUUUAUUUUUGCCCUUAUUAGGGAGCGGGUGGCAGCUUCCUGUCCAAAUGUUAGCUUCUUCAUAUUUCUCUCCCCUCCCCAGUGCCACGUUUGGGGCUUUGAACAGAUCUCUUCACCUGCAUUUGUGGGGCAUCUCCUGGACCACUUUGUCACAGAACUAUAGGUGUAUAAAAUAUAAACUGGUAACCACAGCGUGUCCAUCUAACCCCAUGAACUCAGUAGACAGAGAGAGACAGAUGGCAAUAAAAACUUCUGCUUUAUUCUAGAGGUAGCAUUUGAGGGCUGGGUGAGGGUUAUCUUUAUAUGCCUAGUACAUUUUGGGAAGGUACAGUCAUUGCAUUCAUUUAGACCAGGGAUUCAAAAACACUUCCUUACGGCUCUUCUGCACGAUAAGUUUUUUGCCACAUAAAUGUGACUUUCAUUUCUCAUUUGUUGCGGGCAUGUGGGAAGAGGAGUUGGCUAUUCCAUAUGAACUGCAUCCACAAGACAUAAGCCUCAGAAUUGGCCAAAAAUAUUGCACCAUUUCAGUAUAAGAAAAAGCAUGCAACGGGGAGCAACUUUCAGUCAAGACAAGUGGCCAGUAACUGUUGACUUAUCUAGCUCAUUAUCUAAAACCCAUAAUUCAGUAAAAUAUCUUUUCCAAUGGUGAAUUCUGCUGACAAGAGGACACAGCCAAAUAUGCUUAGGGGGUGCGGUGCUGGUCCCCCCCCGCCCAUUUCAUUGUAAUCCUUAUCAUAUCCUCAGCCUAUAGCAUGUGACAGGGAGAUGCAAAGACUAAUGUGUCAUGUCAGAAUGUUAAAUGCAGAUUAAACCUUCAUACACCAAAGAUUGGUCUAAGGUAGGUGUAAGUUUAAUACAUCUUGGUUACUUAUGGUGGUUUCCCUCCGCUGGCUGUUGCUGGAUCUCAUUGAUUGCAUGCUGUACAGUUAUAAUUAGCAAUGUUUGCACUCUCGGCAGACCCCUAUCUAGGAACAUCCAUAGGGCACCAGGUGGGGGCUACCUUAGGGACACAGCAGCAGCAGGUUUUGAGAGUGGGGUGCACAAGUGACAUGGAAAUCCCUGCUCACCGAAGCUGCAGCUGGGAGCAUCCUCAAUGGGCUGUACUCCACUCAUUCAGACAGGCCACUUGGAUGAGCAAGCGGGAUCCCCAUCUGAACCAGCUCUGAAUCCUCAGAGAGAUUGCCCAGGGCCACAGAGCAGGUCCUGAACUCUUGGUCCUCCAGACCAACUUCAUUGGUGGAUUCAUAUCUGUCUGAAUUUAAAUUGGAGCAUUCUGGAAGAAGAAUGACAGGCUGAUGCCAAAGAGCCAAUUAUGAGUUCAGUCCCAGGCCAGGAUCUCAUGCCAUGAAAUGCCUUUGUAUGAAAUUGGGUUUUACUGUGAGGCAGAGAUUCGGCAGGCAAAGCAGCGGCUGCAGGGGCAAGGUGGGGCUGGAUUGCCCCACACCCUUGGUGUGUUCCUGUGUUGCGUUUGUUCUCCCAGCAGUUGAGCCCUGAAAUACACUUUGCUCUGUAGGAGGCAGUGUGUGGGGUGGAAGAGAAAUGGUUGAUGCCCUGAGCUCUGCAAAGCGAAAUAUCUCUAGGGGUGUGUGCUUACCUCCCACCCAGGGGUCCUUUGCUGCUGAGCCACUUCCACAGUUUACCGUAGGUAAGCACAUGGUAAGUUUUUGGAGCUGAGGCAUUUUUCAGACUUUGUCCAAGCAAGUCUGGAUGGUGGAUUGUUUGGCUGGCAGAAAUCUCCUGGGAUCAGAUAUCAAAGGAAAGGGAGAGGUAAGCAGGUUUGCGAAAGGGUUGUCUCCCAUUUGACAUUCACUACCCACCAGUCAAUUUUACAUUGGUUGGAAGGAGAUGAAGUAAACUGGGGAGACGGGAUUCAUGGCUUCCCUAGCAGUCCACCCUAUGCAGAAGCAUCUGUGGUCAUGGGGCUGCAGCCAGGCAGCCCUCCAUCGUGCCUCUCAACCCAGUUCCAGUGGAGAAACACUCCUCUCCCACACCAUUGUUCUUUACUUUUUAAUUGCCAUUUGUGCAUGUUUAAGUGCCCCCACCCCCAGACCCAGGCUUCUUCCAGUCCCAGCCACGAAGAGAUGUCAGUAAGGACGGGGCUCCUGUAUUGCUUCAGGAAUGGCGCAGAACCAGAGUUUGCGUAGAUGCAGCUUGCCAGGAGAAAACCUCCCCCAGCUGAGAUUCUACAGAAAGUUGGAAGGUGCAGGAAUUCUACACACACAUCCUCCAGCAUCUCUUUUUCUUAAAUCUCUCCCCAGGUUUAAAGCUGCAUACAGCACCACAUACACGUGUGACUGUUCCCUUGGAGAAGCUGGCAACCCCAACCCACUCCAGCUCCACUUCUUGUGUGUCAGGGGACAGGGGCCCAUCCGCUUUCCUGACUUUGUGAAGCCUGCAGCUGGGGUUGCAAUAUUUCUUUCUAUGGCCAGGCUUCUGUGCCAUUAAGAGCUGCUUGACGUCCUGAAUUCUAACAGUUGCAACUUUCUGCACCACUGUCUCAGUAUGCCUGGCAAAGCUGUACCUAUUAGACGUCUGUCUGUUGAGCAGCUCUUGGCAACAGCACAGGUUGCCCUGCUGGGAAGAUGAAAACUGGCAGCUUUGCUCCAGUUCUUGUAAAUAUUUCCUCACAACAGCGAGAACUUAACUCGCUGGAAAUUCUGUGUUAACACCUGACUGUGUUCUCUUCUUUAGAUUUGCUCACUACUGCAUCUGGAUGAGAUCACCAACCUGCCUGUUCAUUUUUAUUAUUGUUUAAUUGUACAUAUCUUAAACUUACCCAGCAUUCAGGUUGCAUCUUUGCAGUCUUAACACUAGAUGGCAGCAAAAUUUGAGUUCUGAUCUGCCUUCCUCCUACUUGGGGGCACUUUGGGAAUUGCAUGGUCGUCCACCCCGCCCCCCCCCCCGCCCUUCUCUAGUGGUUAAGGCAAGGCCAGUGUGGUUUCAGGGAGAGAUGGGCAAAUGCGGGUGCUAAGGAGUGGGGUUGGGGUGAGCAGAGACUGAGCUUUUUCUCGGGUGGGGCGGGGCUGGAAAUUGGACUUUUGAAUCCUGGCUUUUGUUCACAAUGUUGGGCAGUGAGCUUGUGGUUCAGUCACGGAGACACAGACUCAGGACUUCUUCUCUCUGCCCCAGGAUUCAGUGUAUUCACUCUGUUGGAUUUUGCUCUUAUUAAGUGCAAAGUAACACAUGAGUUGGAUGUUGCUCAGUGGGUCAUCUAGUUGAACCCCUACCUUUACUACCAAGUUAAAGUGUGUCACCCAGAGGGUUACUGAUUCUAAAGAAGUGGCAGGUUUGGCCCCUCUAAUUCUGCUUCUAGAAAAUUGGAAGAGAGAGUUGGUUGAGGGAGGAGCUUGUGCCAGUGCUCCCUUAUGCUGUUCUCAGAGUUGGAAAUCACUGUGUUUAAAUAAUUGUGCAACCCAGAACUUUGGACUCCAAAAUAGGUACACAGAGAGAGAGAGAGAGAGAGCGGAAAUACAAAUAUACACAGGUAUUCAUAAUUUGCCGUUCUGAUUUCAGUUGAGAAUAUUUGAAAUCAAAUGCUUUAUACUUUUUGGCAUCACUUGACAUUGUUUUGUUUUCAGUAGCCAUCAAAUAUGAAAUCUCUUCAGCUGUCGUUUCUCAGAUACAAAGUACUAUUAUAUGUCAACUAACAAAUUUUAUUAAAAUAUCAACUGUCAAAUAUUAAUUAUUGAAAUAAAAUAGCAUAGACAGCCAAGUCCACAAAUCAAAUAUUCAGAGACUAUCCUUUGAAUAUGCAGGAUUGAAAUUCACAGAGGAUAAUAUAUAGAGGAAUGUUGGGAGCAAAUUGAUUUCAGCUCUAGUGUUCUUCAUCCUGAAACACAGACCCAGUUCACACAUCACAUGAGAUCUGUUUAAAAUAAACUGUGAUUAUCAUAGAAUUGUAGAGUUGGAAGGGACCCCCAGGGUCAUCUAGUUCAGCCCCCUGCAAUGCAGGAAUCUCAACUCAAGCAUCCAUGACAGGUGGCCACCCAACCUCUGCUUAAACACCUCCAAGGAAGGGGAGUCAACAACCUCCUGUGGGAGUCUGUUCCACUGUCAAACAGCUCUUACUGCUGGAAAGUUCUUCCUGAUGUUUAGUCAGAAUCUCCUUUCUUGUAACUUGAAGCCAUUGCCUUGAGUCCUACCCUCCAGAGCAGGAGAAAACAAGCUUCUUCCCUCUUGUGUGACAGCCUUUAAGAUAUUUGAAGAUGGCUAUCAUAUCUCCUCCUAGUCUCCUCUUUGCUAGGUUAAACAUUCCCAACUCCCUCAACCAUUCCUCAUAAGGCUUGGUUUCCAGACCCUAGAUCAUCCUGGUUGCCCUUCUCUGCACAUGUUCCAUCUUGUCAAUAUCCUCCUUAAAUUGCACUGCCCAGAACUGGACACAGGACUCCAGGUGUGUUCUGACCAAGGCAGAAGAGAGUGCAGUGGCGUGUGGUCCGUGGACUAGGGAGACGAGGCUAGUCCCCUAAAUGUUUCCCUGGCACCUCCUUCCCAAAGCCCGGAAAGCUGCUGCCUGGCUUGGGGAGGGAGGCAUGAUGCUCCCACAUGCAACAUCACACCUGUGUCACGCCCCACCCCAUCACCUUACAAGCUGGUGCCUCCGAUCCUAACUGUUCCCCUAUGAAAACUUUCACAGCACGCCACUGAUAGAGCAGGACUAUUAAUUCCCUUGAUCUGGAAACUAGGCUUCUCUUGAUGAAGCCUAGAAUAGCAUUAUCUUUUUUGUUGCUGCAUCACACUUUCGACUCAUGUUCAGCUUGUGGUCCACCAAGACCCCGUGAUCCUUUUCACAUGUACUACUGGCAAGCCAGGUGCUCCCCAUCUUAUAUUUGUGCAGCUGGUUAUUCCUUCCUAUGUGAAGAACCUUACAUUUGUCCCCCUUGAAAUUCAUUGUUAGUUUGGGCCCAGUUCUUCAAUCAGUUCUGGAAUCCCGAUUCUGCAUUUUGUAGCAUUCGCUACCCCUCCCAGUUUGGUGUCAUUAGCAAAUUUGAUGACCAUCCCCUCAAUUCCAAGUCAUUUAUAAAGACGAACAGCAAUGGCCCCAGGCCCCACCUGUCACUUUUUCCAGGAAGAUUAGGAACCGUUAGUGAGCAGCCAAUUUGUCCAUCACAUGAUAUUUCAGUUUGAAAUAAACAGCGGCUUUAAUGUGAAUGAGCAGCAUGCUGUUGCACAUAGCUCAGCCGUUCCCUCAGUGCUCCUCUGCUGUUGCUGCUCCAUGGCCUGACUUGUUGUGUCAUCAAAACCUGGGCUCAUGAUUUGUUUUCUUAAAACAAAACAUGAGAAGUGAGUCAAAGAACAAGCAUUGGUUACUUUGAAGGAAAUAAACCACACGUGCUUCUGGGGACAUCGGGAGGGCUGUCCUCGUUUUUGUGAUGUCUAAAGGAGGCGCCCACAGCUCCUGCUGUGACUGGAGCAGACCCAGGUCCUCUACCAAUGUGUGUGGCACCAUCAAUUUUCGUUCACCCCUCAGUGAGACGGUGAUAAUUCUGUUAUUAUUUUUAUUUUUAAUGGAUUUAUAGUUUGCCUUCCCAUGACAGGUUACAAUAUACUGUAACAAUGCAAUGGAGAUCUGAAUGGAGCUGGGGAGGGUUAGCAUCUUCUUCCUGCUCUUAAAUUCCAUGCUGCAGGUGGGCAGACGCGGGGCAGGGUGAAAGGGGGAGGUUGAUUGCCCUGAUCUAGCCCCACUCCUCAGCUGGCAUUUCAGGGGCUGCCCUUUGGCUCUCCCAUUUUGACCCACUUCCCACAGCCCUGGUUAUAAAAAGACCGGGGGCGGGGGGGGAUGUAGCUCUGCUGUUGCCAAGCAACGCUGCCCUGUGACUGCAGAAGGGAGCAGCCAGCUCUGUGCGUCUGCAGGGAUCCUCCGCCUGCCUGCCGAGGUUGGAGGGAGCCGGGCAGCACACAGGACCCUGUGUGUAGAGCCUUUCUUUCUGUAUGGGCAGCCAUGCAAUGCUAGACUUGCCGACACCCAUGCCCAGUCUUUGCCAGCACAUAUGGAGGCAGCUGCCCCCGCACUGCUUUGAGGGCUGCUUCUCACUUGGCAUUUUAUACUUGGAUACAGAAACCAGGUACAAAAUUAUGCUUGCCUGGUAGCACCUGGCAACAAUACCCAUACAGUUAAAGAAUUGCUUUUCUUGAUCAAACACUUGGCAUUUUGCAAAGAAUUAAGCCUCAGCUUCAGUGUCUUUUGCUAAGAAAAGUGGGUAUUUAAACACAUACAUGAUAUUUACAGCUGAAUUAAGGCAGUUAUUUUGUAACUGGGUCCAAAUGAAAGAGACAUCCAGUCUAAAUUGCACCUUAAUUUAAUUGUUUACAUUUGUAGCCUUCCCAGACCCAAUAGCUUGGGGUGUGUUAGAUAAUAUUUUAAAAUGCUCACCGUAUAGAUUUGACUAGGCAAGCUUAAGGGCAUAUUCCCGAUUUACUUUAGAUGUAUUGAUGGUAUUAUUUAUUAAUCAAUUUAAUUAAUUUCUAUGAAUUCUGAACUGCCCUUUGCCAAAGGGAUCCCAGGGUGAUUCUGCAGAUCUGCACAAUUAAAACAUCAGCACAUGUAAUAAAAUCAAUCAAUCAAAACAUUAAAUUCUAAAAUUAAAGUAAAAUAAAAUUAUUCCGUUUAAAACAAUCCAGACAAUUAUAUCAUAGUAGUGGAGGUAAUUUCUUAUGUAUGCUGCUGGACACACACAAUGAUUGAUUGAUUGAUUGAUUGAUUGAUUGAUUGAUUGGUUGGUUGGUUUGUUGCUCUAUUGUUCCUACUUCUAUAUCCCACCUUUCCUCCAAAGAGCUCAAGAUGGCGUCAGUGGUUCUCCCACCUACCCCUAUUUCCCCCUCACAGCAACCCUGUGAGUUAAGUUAAUCUGAGAGGCAGUAGCUGGCCCAAAGUCACCCGGUGGGUUUAAUGGCUGAGUGGGGAUUUGAACCCAGGCCCCCCAGGUCCCAGUCCAUCACCCUCUUUUAGGCCUCUAGAGGUCAUCACCAGCUCUUUCAGUGGAGCUCUAAAGGCAAUAGAAAGUCAGUUCAUACACUGACUUCCACGUCUGCAUAUUCAGCUACAGUUUUGAUAUGCAUGUGCUUAAUACAGAAGCCCAAACAGUUGCCCAUGUUUGAUUGAUUGACUAAUUGAGUGGAUAUUUUUAUCAUUGUUAUUUGUUGCUAAAUUUAUCCUUCACCAAUGGAUCCCAGGGCAGGUUAUAACUAUUUUUAAAAAAAUUAAAACCCGGAGUUUAAAAAGUUAAAACAAAUUACAGUCACAGGAAGAGAGUAGGUCUUGAAAACACACAUCUCAGGGGUCAAAGACCAGGGGGAUUGGAUUCUGCAUUUACUCCAAGGAGCAGCUUGCUUCUAUCUUUAUGAUUACUACUACUAUCAUUGUAUCUAUGUAAAUGGAAGUUUACAAAGAACAGGUAUGACAAGAGGGUUGCACUCUAAAAUAUUUCCCAGGAAACAACAGACAUAGGAAGGAAAUGGAGGCAAGGAUGAGUAGCGGGGAAAUAUGCGGUGAUUUCUAUUACAUGGACCUAAGUUGAAGUAUAAGGACUAGCGGGGUAUCUAAGUAUUUUACAGGGCCUGAUCCAUAUUGCUUUAGCAAGCGGGGAUUCAUAGAUUCAUAGAAUUGUAGAAUUGGAAGGGGCCACGAGGGUCAUCUAUUCCAACCCUCUGCAAUGCAGGAAUCUCACCCAAUGUGGGGAUCAAACUCAUGACCCUGAGAUCAAGAGCCUCAUGCUCUACCAACUGAGCUAUCUCAAUUCCCAUUUUCCAAAUGGCAGGGAUAAUGACUUGCCACAACACAUCCAUGACAGAAGUGGGACUUGGACUAUUUCCCACACCAUGCUCACUUUCAUUCUGGCAUGCCCCCAGGCUGAGAGAGUGGAACAUUUACAAGGAAGCAGGGAAAGCAUAAACUCUCAGCUCUGCGGGAAAGAGUGUAUGGCUGGCAUACCUACACCACAAAUAUGCAUCUGUCUUCUACAGUUUAACUGACACAACUUCCUCCAAGGAAUCCUGGGAACUGUAGGUUGCUGAGAAUUCUGCAUGUGAGACUCUAACAACCUUUACCAAACUACACUUCCCAGGAGUUCCUGAGGUGAAAUAAUCACCAUUAAUUCAGUUCAAAUCAGUAAACCAGAGGGGCUGUUUUGCAUCCAGCUUUGCUGAGAGUUUAUUCCUCAGCUGUUUUCUUCCAAAGGACAACUUCAGGAGUAAAUAAGGUAUCUGUGUGGAUAUACAGUAUUGCACAGUCUCUACACCACGGUCAGGUGGGUCUCAGGAUGGGGAAGACGCACAUUGGCAGUGUGAACUGCUUUACAGGGGCUGGUCCUGUAGUUGCAGACAUUUUUUUGAAGCAUUGUGCAAUUUAAAGAAAAAGAUCCAUAUGAAGGGAGAGCCAGGCCAUGGAAGCUGCCCAUCAACACUGAACACCCUAGACAACAGGGCACCUGGUCCUAGUCUUCCCCAGCAUGGAGAGAUGCAUUGCAGUGCUAUUUAAAUUGUACUAAUUAUUUCUGCCAGUUUGUCUACAUAUCUAUCUCUAUUUUCCAUUUAAAUUAUAGUAAAAAGAUUCUUUUGUUUAACAAAAUGUAUAUGGUGUAUGUUUGUAUGUUUAAAGCCGGCACUGAAAAGAGAACAGGGAGGCACCUGCCUGAUGUCAACAAGCAGGGAGUUGUUACAAAGUACAGGUGCUGCCACAUUAAAAUAUCACAACUAUAAUUACUAUAAUACAACUAUUUUAAUUUAAAUAGAAAUACAAUACAUCUUAUCGGGGAAGACUGUGACUAGGUGGCUUAUUUGCUUGCUCAGUCUCCUGUCCAGGUGAUAACUAUUAGUGGUCAACUUCAAGGCCUUUGCUCUCACUUCUUAAGAGUAUCUUUGAACCUGAUACAAGGCCACCCUACCAAGUGCCCAUUUUCUUUGCAUGGGGAAAUAGCAAUAGCUGUUCCCCUUUUUAGAGAGGCAGCAGCACCUUUUUGACAUCUGCAAACCAUUAAACCAGCCACCACCCACAUUUCAGACCUAUUUGCACAUUUAGCAACCAAAAUUGCUCACAGCCAGAAAAGAGGGAGAGAAACAAAACCCUCAGAGUUUCAUGUGUAGGCAGUCAGGUCUAUUGAAGAAAACUUUGCUGCAUGUCAUUUCAGGCAUGAAGGAUUGGUGUGAGAGGCAUGGCAAGAUCCAUAGAAAUAAUAAUAAUAAUAAUAAUAAUAAUAAUAAUAAUGCAUUGUACAUAUAUGAACAUUUCUUCUAUAUCUGAGACCUUAGAAUUCUUAUAACAGCCCCACAUUGGAGUCAUGUCAGAUGAUGGGGCAUUUAAUAAAUGUCCAUGAUGAGACAAGAUUGUUCCAUGAGCCAGGGGCUUCCCACCCCUCAUAGUAAAAAAAAAAACCAAUCACACAGUGUUUCACAUACUUCCAUUAAUAAACUUUGAGCACCACUUUAGCAAUCAUAUUGCCAUCUCCAUCUUGCAGGUAGUGACUUUGUAGCAGAGACAUAAGAACAUAAGAGCCCUGCUGAAUCGGACGAAAGGCAGAUCUAAUCCUGCAGAUAUUGUUUCUCACAGCGCUAGCCAGAUGCCCAUUGAAAGUCCACAGCCAAUACCCUUCUUCUGCGCUUGUUCUCCAGCAACUGAUGUUGAGGAGCAUGAUUCCUUUGCUGUGGCUUGUGGCUCACACAAAUAAAGAGUCUCUCUCUCUCUCUCCAGGAGAGUUCUAAUGCCCCUGAGUCUAGAAGCAGGAUAGCACCCUACACCCCCAAUCACUUUUCUCCUAGCUGAUCCCACUUUCAAUACAGGAGAUAAUUUCUGUAAGAUUUGUAUACUGAGAGCCCCCUCUCCGUAUCCAUUUUCUCAACAUGGGGGCCAAUUAUUGAGAGUAGAGAAGAUCAAGGAAAGGGGUGGCAGCGGGGUUGGAGAUAGCUUGGUUUAUGUUAUCUAUCAUAUGUUCAUAUGCUAUCGUAUGUUCACAAAUCAGUAAAAUUUAAAUUGAGUUAUUGUUUUUUAAAGCCACUGACUGAAGAAAAGGGUUGGCAUUACAGAGUUCAGUCUGGCUGGGCUUCUUGCUCUGGUUCAGUAUGAGGUGAACACGAGAUGGAUGCUGUUAACUGCUGCAGGAAGGCUGGAAUUCAGGAAAAGCCACUUGGAAACCAGCUGUCUGCUCUGUGUUGCAGGACCCUGGGGAGUUUGGCUGCAGCGUGAGCGUGCAUUGAGUGUACGUGUUGGCGCGGGAGGUGGGGGGGGCACACAGCUCCCUCCCUCGGCUGGCGGAGUCGCCAUUCAGGACAGCAGGUGCUGUUGGGUGUCUCUGGUCGCCGCUCACUCAAACAGGGCUGGAAAUCUGGGGGAACAGCUGAGGCUCUAGAGAGCUCAAACGCGGCAGCAAAGGGCUCUGGGAGCUCAGCUCUGCACAGUGAAUUUGAGGGGGGGGGGAUUUCUACUGCCAAGGACUCUGAGCGUCGGUGUGGACUGAACGACUGGAACUUGGUUGCAUUGCGCCUGCUGGGACCUUAAUGGGGGGGGGGGGCAGCAUGCAAAUGAUUUAUCCUGACACAGCCAAGGAAAGACAACCUUCACUCCUCUCAUGCCACCACAAGUAGUUUGCUCCCUGUGACUCGGCAUCUGCCCCCGUCCUGGACGCUGGAUGUGGCGGUACUGCAUCUCGGUGCGCACCCUGAGGUAUCUAUCCUUCCCAGCAUAUUGGCAUGAGUCAUGGGGAACGAGGGCAGCACCAGGUUAGAAGAAACAAAGUGGGUCUUCACUUAGAUGCAAUCAGGAGGGGGCGGGAGUGAGCAUAAUGGAACUCUGCAACAGACACUGGGAUUAGUUUGGAAGAUAUGGGGACACCUUGCAUUCUGUCUGCAUUCCACAGAUGGAACCUAAAAUGCAUUAUUUGGUUUGUUGCCUAUCUAGCCUGUUCUGUUCCUGGGACUAGGGAAUAGCACUUGGCACCCCAUUCAUCUUCCCAAUGUCACUAGGAAGGAGGUUGCUCUUGUUCCCGUUUUGCAGAGGGGCUGGCACUAGAGAGCUAGAGGCUGGCUCAUGGCCCAACCAGAAGAGUGGUCUCUGGGGCCGCUCAAAGUUUAUGCUGUGUGUCUGCUGCUCAGCCAUCCCAUUCCAGAGGCAGUUGCCCUUCCACAUUGGAUUCUGCUUGGGCUAAGGCAGCCUUACCAUUACUUCAAAUCUAGGUCUGUCAGGGUGCAGAUUCUGGAUGGUAUUAAAGGUGUUAGAGAGAGAGGCAGGCAGAGGUAACCUCUGGAAGGCACAACCCACCAGGAAAUGGUCCUCUGCAAGCUUCAGAGCUGGCAGUGAUAAGGGGAUGGUGGUGCUGGCACCAAUGGAGAAAGCCAACUGGCUCUCAUCUUUUCUGUGGCAAGAGGUAGUGACUAUGGCCCCUAUGGUUGAAGGGUGUGAAAGGAGGCCAAGCCAAAGACUGAGAACAGGUCCUGCCAAGGAGGACACAGUGACUCAGGAAGAGAAGAACUGCCUGGGGGAUGUGUUGUUUGUUCUUCAGCUAUGACAGGAAUGCACACUGGCAGGGCACAGUGCUUGGUGUCUACUGGUUCGACAGGCUACUCCAGUCCCUGCAGGGGGCACUCCUAGGGUGCCUCUCAGAUGUCUUGGCCUCCUCUAAGCAGAGGUGGCCCCAUCAUGAGGCCAGGCGUGGUGGUGAUUUGGGGUGUCAUUAAGGGCUAGAAGACAAGGCAGAGCUGAUCCCGCAGGUUCCCCAAUGAAAUUAAUGGGAACCAUGCAUGAGAACUUCAUGACAGCUUGACUUGAGGUUCACAAGAGAGGAUGCCAUUUAGAUUUUAGGCCUCAGUACCAAAAUGUCCUGGGCUGGCGCUGGAGGCUCAUGAUGCUGGUCAAAUGAGCCAGCUGUUGCAUGACACUCCUGGUGAUGAUUGGGAAGAAUGUAUAAGGAACUAGGCUGUGUAACGACUUUGUAAUCAAGGGAAUUGGGUGGCAGGGGGAGAACUGAAGAGGAAACUGAAAGAGGAAGCAGCCAGAUGGGAACAGAACACUUGGGUGGGGCGUCUCAGUUGGAAGCCCCUCCCCCACUACAAGGGACAUGCUGAACUGAAGACUGCAACAAAGCCAUGUCCUUGAUGCAGGGGAGACAAAGGCAGUGGAAUUAGAGUGAGGAGCAGCUGUGCUGGGAUGAGUCUCCAUGAAUGAUUAGCAAGUAACUUCCUGCUAUAUCUGUGUUGGUCGGUGUUAAACAAAGAAGUUUGGGAAGCAACUGCAGUUUCCAGGACCAGCAAGAGCAGGGGGAAGUUACAACAGCAGCUGUUCCAGGCCUAAAGAUCAGGCCCAGGCUGAGAGGCUGCUAUAGCAAGGAAGGGACUAAAGCCUGGGGAAGAAGAGGCUGGAAGGGGGAUGUGAGACUUUGGUGCACACCUUUCAACUGGCCGGUUCCAUUCCCUAGGAAUCAUGAGCGAGAGGAGCACCUGCACACCCAGGUCCUGAGCACAGUUACUUCUGGGUUAUGCUGCAUAUCAUGGGGUGGGGGCACUGGGUGGGCUGGAAGCAAGGAAAGACAGGCCUGUGCUGCUUCCCGUCUGCACACACACACAGACCCUCCAAGUGUCCCUAUUCCUUAGGGUGGCCCUAUUUUCAUUAGAGAAAUGUUGGAGGGUAUGGAGUUAUCCAACCUGCAAGCCGUCUGAAGGCAAACCUGUAUAAGGAAUGUUUUUUUAAAAUGUUUAAUGUUUUAUUGUGUUUUUAUAUAUGUUGGAAGCUGCCCAGAGUGACUGGGGCAACCUAGUAAGACGUGUGUGGUAUAAAUAGUAAAAUUAUCAUGAUGGAAUGGGACGUCACUAUUUUCGUCAGAGAAAUGUUGGAGGGUAUGCACUGGGUGGGUUGGAAGUAAUGUCCAGGCUUGUGCUGCUUCCCAUCUGCACACACACCCAUCCAGCAUGCCCCCCCCCCACAUUCACCCCCACUCCCUUUGGCAACCAUUCCCCUUUAAAAGAAGUAGCUACCUCCCAGUAGCUUCAGGGAGGUAGCCGUGUUGGUCUGACGCAGUAGAAAUAUAUAUAAUUAUUUUUUUUAAAUGUCCAGUAGCACCUUAGAGACCAACUAAGUUUGUUCUUGGUGUGAGCUUCCGUGUGCAUGCACACUUCUUCAGAUACCAGAUAUUUCGUGCAUGCACACGAAAGCUCAUACCAAGAACAAACUUAGUUGGUCUCUAAGGUACUUCUGGACUAUUUAUUUAUUUAUUUUAUAUAUUUCUACAUAGUAGCUUGUGUAAUUUCAAGCCGCUGCUAGGCCACUCCUGCCUAGCAGGACCAUGGCUGUAGGUGUUUAGGAUUGCAGCUGAGGCAGCCCAGGGCUUGGUAGUUUCAGUUGACAAGGAUAACAGCUACAAGAAAUGGAUGGAUGGUUGGGUCUAAGAUUGUGGUGGUGGUUGCUGCCAGAUUCCAGGUUUCACAGGUUUCCAGUGCAGCAGGCUAGGGCUGCAGGAAGCUGAAAAUGGGAGUCCCUCACGUUUUAUCUUUUUGCAUUGUGACUGUUCUCAAAAACGGAGUGCCUCUGUUUGUUUGUUUGAUUGUUUUUUAUGAAGUCAACACUGAGAUGGGAGCCCUGGCUUCAGUGGGAAGAAGGUUUAAGUAAUCAAAUGAGGGAAACAGAUGUUGGGGAAGGUGUGGUGUCAAGUGGGGCCUCUUGCUGCAGCUGCUCAGAUCCAAGGUAGCCUUACCAUGAGACCCUGGGCAGUAGAUUCAGGUUAUACCUGAAGACAGCAGAGUGAGAGGUAGCCAGCUGUGAUCCAUGAGAUGCAGUCAGUUGGUAAGUUCUCUCGUAGAAGGAACAGGAAAGGAAGUUUCAGCAGGGCUUGUGCCAGAGGAUUUCCCAGCGAAUUUCAAGUGGGGAGUUCACUUUUGCCAAAACUGGCCCACCAAUUUGGCUGUAUUCAAUUUCAUUGGGAGGGGCAAAGUUCCAAGGUAUGUUUAGUUAUAACUGAGGCUAAGGGUGUGCGGCACAGUGAAUUUUAAGAGCAUUGGUUGUGGUUACUUCUGUUUAUCUCUUAACUAUAACAAUAUCAUCAAGACAAAACAAGCAGGCACCACAUUUUUAAAGCAAAUGCUUACCAAACACACAGGACUAUUUAAUUGUGUAUAACAGUAGUCACUCAGAGUGCACAACCUGCAAAUUGGUCAGGUCCACCAAGGAGGAGACAGGGGACUCCCCUGAGAAGGAGGCUAGUUCACCAACACAGGAGCCAGAUAUAUGGAGAAACGUGACUCAAAGAAGUAGGAGGCCCAGGGUUCGCUCUGAUUGUUUAGAAAUACACAAUCGCUUUGAGGUCCUCUCCCCUAGCAUGGAAGACGAAGAGCAGACUCCAUUUGAGGAUCUCUCCCUCAUUACAGUCGAUCAGGUAUAUGAAGACGAGCAGCAAAGUCAGUCCUCAGGGAAUGUGCAGGCGACCUUGGAGCGGACAGCUCACAGAAGAACCCCGACCAAACCUAAGAGGAGGCGUGUAGUGGUGAUAGGGGAUUCCCUACUGAGGGGACAGAACCAGAGAUCUGUGGGCAUGACAAGAUGUCUCGGGAAGUGUGCUGUCUCCCCGGGGCUAAGAUCCAAGAUGUAACUGAACGACUGCAAGGAAUCAUAAAACCCACUGACAAAUACCCCUUCCUCUUGGUUCAUGUGGGAACCAAUGGCACUGCAAGCAAUAACCUCCAGAAGAUCAAAAGAGACUACGAGGCUCUGGGCAGGAAAUUGAAGCAAUUAAAUGCACAAAUUGUCAUCUCAUCUGUCCUCCCAGUUGAACGACGUGGCCCAGGGAGAGAGGGAAAAAUAGUGGAAGUGAACAGCUGGCUUCGCAAAUGGUGUAAACAGGAACGGUUUGGAUUCUUAGAUCACGGACUCUUGAAGAUGGACUUCUGGCAAGCGAUGGGCUGCACCUCACAACGGUUGGGAGGAAUGUUUUUGCCAAAAAUCUCAGAAACCUCAUCAGGAGGGCUUUAAACUGACUAAUGUGGGGGAGGGAGACAGUGCUCCUGAAGGUAGGAGUCUAUCAAUUGAUGAAGAUGAUCAUCCAAAUGUCAUAGACCAAAUGGAGCAAACAGCACGCAGACCUAGUGGUGGGAGGAAAAAUCCUUAAAUAAGAGACACGGGGAAUGAUUAAUGGACUUCAAUGUCUGUACACUAAUGCGCAAAGCAUGGGAAAUAAACAAGAUGAGCUUGAGCUCUUGGUACAGCAAACUAAAUAUGACAUAAUAGGCAUCACUGAAACCUGGUGGGAUAAGUCCCACGAUUGGAAUGUAAUAAUGGGGGGAUACAAUCUGUUUCAGAGAAACAGACCAGACAAGAAAGGAGGAGGUGUGGCGUUAUAUGUCAGGGAUGUGUAUACCUGUGAAGAGAUCCAAGAUUUAGAACCUCAAAGCCAAAGUGAGAGCAUUUGGGUCAAAAUGAAGGGAGAGAAGAAUAACAGUGACCUCAUUGUGGGAGUUUACUAUAGAUCCCCAAGCCAAACGGAGGACAUAGAUGAUGCCUUCCUGGAACAGAUGGCCAAGCAUGCAAAAGGAAGGGAGAUAGUAGUAAUGGGGACUUCAAUUACCCGGAUAUUUGUUGGAUGUCAAACUCAGCCAAGAGCAUAAGGUCAAACAGAUUCCUCACUGGCUUUGCAGACAACUUCAUUGUCCAGAAAGUGGGAGAAGCAACAAGAGGAACAGCCAUUUUAGAUCUGGUCCUAACCAAUGUUGAUGACCUGGUUAGUGGGGUAGAAGUGGAAGGAUCAUUAGGCGCGAGUGAUCAUGCUCUUCUGAAGUUUACUAUACAGCGGAAAGGAGCAGCCAAGCAUACUAGGAGUCAAUUUCUUGACUUUAAGAAAGCCGACUUCAUAAAACUUAGGGAAGUGCUUGGUGAGAUCCCAUGGACAGUAAUACUAAAAGGAAAGGGAGUUCAUGAUGGCUGGGAGUUUGUUAAGAGGGAGAUAGUAAAAGCACAACGUCAGGCAAUACCAAUGAGACGGAAACAUGGAAGGUGCCUAAAGAAGCCAGGGUGGCUAUCUAAAGAACUUUUAACUGAGUUAAGAUUAAAAAGGAUGUGUACAAAAAUGGAAAAGGGGGAAACCACCAAAGAGGAAUUCAAACAAAUAGCCAGCACGUGUAGACACAAAGUCAGAAAAGCUAAAGCACAGAAUGAACUCAGGCUUGCUAGAGAGGUUAAAAGCAACAAAAAAGGCUUUUAUGGGUAUGUUCAGUAGCAAAAGGAAGAACAAAGAAACAGUGGGGUCACUCAGAGGAGAAGAUGGUGAAAUGCAAACAGGGGACACAGAAAGGGCUGAACUCCUCAAUGCCUUCUUUGCCUCAGUCUUCUCUGAUAAAGAAAACAAUGCCCGACCUGAAGAAUUUGGAGCAAAUGAUUCAGCAAAGGAAACACAGCCCAGAAUAACUAAGGAGAUAGUACAAGAAUACUUGGCUAGUUUAGAUGUAUCCAAGUCUCCAGGGCCAGAUGAACUGCAUCCAAGAGUAUUAAAAGAACUGGCAGAUGUGAUCUCAGAACCACUGGCAGUCAUCUUUGAGAAUUCCUGGAGAACAGGCGAAGUCCCGGCAGACUGGAGGAGGGCAAAUGUUGUCCCUAUUUUCAAAAAGGGGAAAAGAGAGGACCCAAAUAAUUACCGCCCAGUCAGUCUGACAUCAAUACCAGGGAAGAUUCUGGAGCAGAUCAUUAAGCAAACAGUCUGUGAGCACCUAGAAAGGAAUGCUGUGAUCACCAAGAGUCAGCAUGGAUUUCUGAAAAAUAAGUCAUGUCAGACUAACCUGAUCUCGUUUUUUGACAGAAUUACAAGCCUAGUAGAUGAAGGGAACGCAGUGGAUGUAGCCUACCUGGAUUUCAGCGAGGCAUUUGACAAGGUGCCCCAUGAUAUUCUUGUAAAGAAGCUGGUAAAAUGCGGUCUUGACUAUGCUACCACUCAGUGGAUUUGUAACUGGCUGACUGACGGAACCCAAAGGGUGCUCAUCAAUGGUUCCUCUUCAUCCUGGAGAAGAGUGACUAGUGGGGUGCCACAGGGUUCUGUCUUGGGCCCGGUCUUAUUCAACAUCUUUAUCAACGACUUGGAUGAUGGACUCAAGGGCAUCCUGAUCAAAUUUGCAGAUGACACCAAACUGGGAGGGUGGCUAACACCCCAGAGGACAGGAUCACACUUCAAAACGACCUUGACAGAUUAGAGAACUGGGCCAAAACAAACAAGAUGAAUUUUAACAGGGAGAAAUGUAAAGUAUUGCACUUGGGCAAAAAAAAUAUGAGAGGCACAAAUACAAGAUGGGUGACACCUGGCUUGAGAGCAGUACAUGUGAAAAGGAUCUAGGAGUCUUGGUUGACCACAAACUUGACAUGAGCCAACAGUGUGAUGCGGCAGCUAAAAAGCCAAUGCAAUUCUGGGCUGCAUCAAUAGGAGUAUAGCAUCUAGAUCAAGGGAAGUAAUAGUGCCACUGUAUUCUGCUCUGGUCAGACCUCACCUGGAGUACUGUGUCCAGUUCUGGGCACCACAGUUCAAGAAGGACACUGACAAACUGGAACGUGUCCAGAGGAGGGCAACCAAAAUGGUCAAAGGCCUGGAAACGAUGCCUUAUGAGGAACGGCUAAGGGAGCUGGGCAUGUUUAGCCUGGAGAAGAGGAGGUUAAGGGGUGAUAUGAUAGCCAUGUUCAAAUAUAUCAAAGGAUGUCACAUAGAGGAGGGAGAAAGGUUGUUUUCUGCUGCUCCAGAGAAGCGGACACGGAGCAAUGGAUCCAAACUACAAGAAAGAAGAUUCCACCUAAACAUUAGGAAGAACUUCCUGACAGUAAGAGCUGUUUGACAGUGGAAUUUGCUGCCAAGGAGUGUGGUGGAGUCUCCUUCUUUGGAGGUCUUUAAGCAGAGGCUUGACAACCAUAUGUCAGGAGUGCUCUGAUGGUGUUUCCUGCUUGGCAGGGGGUUGGACUCGAUGGCCCUUGUGGUCUCUUCCAACUCUAUGAUUCUAUGAUUCUACGUAAGAGUGAGAAGGCACAGCUGGCAUGGGGGGGUGCUUCUCUAGCCCCAUAGCCAGCCUUAUCAUGAGGGUUCAGGGUGGAUAACAUCAACUUUCCCAACAAGAGAGGUCACCCUUAUUCCCAUUUUACAGGAAUGGGAACUGAGGUAGAAAGGGGGCCACUUGCCCAAGCAGGGAUGCCAACUUGAAUAAAAUAUUGGGGGGACCCAGGUAUGUCCUGCCCCACACAAUCACAUGAUGUGGUGCACACGCAACAUUUGAAUGGCACUGCCUAUCAACUUUGGGGGGUGGGGUUGGCUCCCUCAUAUAUUUUAUUAGGGGAUGAAGGGACCUCGGCCCCUAUGAGUUGGCUCCUAUGUGCCCAAGGCUACCAUACUGAACUGGGAUUUGAAUUCAGGAAUUCUAAGUCUGAGGUGCCAGCUCCUGAACUAUGUUGCCUCCCAGAGGCUCAACAGCUGCCCCAUCCCUCUUAGUCGCCAUUCCUUUUCCAGACCUGGGGAUGGGUUCCCACUUUUUAAAAGAAUGACUUUGUUUCUGCAGCUUUUUAACAGUAGCCUAAAAUUCAAAAAUGGGACGCGGGUGGCGCUGUGGGUUAAACCACAGAGCCUAGGGCUUCCAAUCAGAAGGUCGGCGGUUCGAAUCCCCGUGACGGGGUGAGUUCCCGUUGCUCGGUCCCUGCUCCUGCCAACCUAGCAGUUCGAAAGCACGUCAAAGUGCAAGUAGAUAAAUAGGUACCGCUCCAGCGGGAAGGUAAACAGCGUUUCCGUGCGCUGCUCUGGUUCACCAGAAGCAGCUUAGUCAUGCUGGCCACAUGUCCCGAAAAAACUGUCUGCGGACAAACGCCAGCUCCCUCAGCCAGUAAAGGGAGAUGAGCGCCACAACCCCAGAGUCGGGCACGACUGGACCUAAUGGUCAGGGGUCCCUUUACCUUUACCUUUAAAACUCAAAAAUAUAGCAGCGAUGUUUUUGCUGGCGGAGAAAAGCUUCUCCUGAUAAUUUUUUGUAUGCUAGGCUGCUAUGAAGGCCCCCCACAUUAUGUCUUCAACAGCUGCAUAUUGGGAAGAAUUUCACAUGCUAAAUUUGUCUCUUGUGUAACCAUUAAAGGCAGAGGUGCUCUGACAGGGGGAAAAAGAUAGCAACUCAACUCCCUAAUACAUUAUUUCUGCUCUCAGAGCUGGAGACAGAACUGUUGAAGAUUAAGAUACAGAACCUUUAUCUUCUUUGCAGUGGACCAACUGGCAGCAAAGGAGAGCUUGAAGUCUGUAAUCACAACAAACAUUGAGCAGUUAUUGUGAGCUGUAGCUGGCCUGCUCUGCUCUGAGCACACCUGGUUUUAGUACCUGGGCAGCUGUCCCAACUCCAGGAAAAGGCUCUAGGUUAAAGGCUGCUCUGCACAAUGCGAUGGGACGUCAUGACGUUGCAGCAUGGCACGUGCACACCGGGCACCCACAGUCUGGGGCCCAAGUCAGCGCUGCUGGUGGAGAGAGAGCUUUGGCAUGCGGGAGCACUCAGUCAUGGGGGCCCCCAUCUGCAAGCGAAAGUGGAGCAGGCCAGGUUUACCAGCUGAGUCUGAACCAGCUCUCUGGUUUCUGCUGCUUGCUGUGUCUGUCAUAGUUUAUGGUGAAUAGGGCAGCCACUUCUGCAUUAUCAAAAAGAUACCACAGAUGGAGGAGAAAAGAGUGCAGAUGUGAAUAAAAUAUGAAUAUGCUAAUAUUUAUGUAUAGAUACAAAUGUAAAAAUAAUUACUAUCAGAACAUAAGAGAAGCAGUGUGGGAUAAGACCAAAGGUCCAUCUAGUCCAGCCCUCUGUUCUCAAAGAACUGCCAUCCUACAAUGCAUCCCUCCCUGCUGGAAAAGACUGUGGCCACUGCAACCAGGUAACCUCUGUGCCUGCUAAGGCUGCUGCUGCCCAUGUGCUCUCUGUUGCAUGGGUCUUUAUCUUUAAAAUAGCCCUUCAAAAAGAGGAUGCCUUCCAAUUAAGGACUGUUCUCUAUAAAGUAGAACAUAUCGUCACUUCAGUAGUGAAAACAAAUGAACACUAUUCAUUCUUGUGGGAGAAAAACAGGGUCUAGUAGUUUAGAGCAAAGGAAGGGGUUUGGGACCAGAACUUGUGGGUUUGUUCCAUAGUUAAGACAGAUACUAGGAGUUUGUUAGGCUGUGCCAGUGUGAGAGUAAUUGUGCAUGCAGUGUUUGUAAGAGAGAGAAACUUUGGGCUAUUUAUAGUGUGGGUGUGACAGAUGACAUGGCCUUUGUGUUUUGCGUGCUAGGUGUGGAAAUUCUGGAUUGUGGGUGACUCUUUGGGGGCUGUUCUCCUUGGCCAGUGGUUAAGCCUAUUCAAUCAUGUCAGAUGAGUUUAGCAAGUGCUCACCCAACUAAUAAGAUGCUAGACUGAAGCAAACCUUCCCCAGCACAAACUGCUCAAGCAGGAAUGUCCUACAGCUAGUGACCAAUAGCCCUUCCUGUUCUGUAUCCUGAUCAGCAAGGAGGAGAAGGACCACCCCCUACACCUUGUGACCUGAUCUGUAGCUGCUGCCUUAUGUGGAUUAUAACACAAGGAUUCUGUUGGGUAAGCAAAAGGAGUUCCUUUUGAACACACCAAGCUGAAGGUGGCAGGAAGAGAGGUAUAAAUUAAGAGUUGCAACCAAAGGUGGUCUAAAGUGACUUUUUGGAAGAUGCGGCAGGUCCUGCCUGGGGGGGGGGGUCGGUUCUUAUCUCUCUAGUGAGUCUAUUUCUCUUUUCACACAUGUUUAUAUUGACUUUAACAACUUAGCUUAAUCCCAAGGUUUUGGUGGGAUUUCAGUUGACCUGCAGUUUGAUACGAAGAAAUUAAUGUCCUUCUCUAGCCUGUCUCAGUUCAGUGUAAGGAUGUCCCCUAGGAUUAUUGGUAUAUGAAAACAUUAGUUAUUGCUUGUGGUUUAGCUCUGUGACUUUACAGAGAGAGAAAAGCAUGAGUUGAGGUUCAGUGACACAACAAGCCAGACUCGGUCUUGUUUCAUUUGUGGCAAUCAGAAUAACUUUUGAGCAGCAUUUUGAGCACAUCAAACCAUUAAACUAUGCAAAGCAUUUUGAAUUCUCAAAGUAUUUGAUCAGUGUGAAAUAUUAUUAAUGGUAAGUCACAGAGCUCAGCAUGGAAGAGCAUAAAGCCCUUGUUGGAUCAAACCAGAGGUCCAUCUAGUACAGAAUCCUUUUUCUAACCUGUCCAGCCCAACCCCUUUAGGAAGUCCAUACACUGGACAUGAGGGAGGCAUCUCUCUCUCAUUGUUUGUCACCCAGCAAGCUGGAGCUGCACUGCCUUAAGUGUUGGGUAUUCUGUAUUUAAUAGAGGUUGAUAUGCCCAACUGCCAUAAAUGUAUCCCAUGUUUCUGUCAGAUCUGUGCAUUAUUUAAUAAAUUGCAAGUGGUUAUGUUUCUGGUUCUGCACCUUGAAUAUAUGUCUGUGAUUCUCAAACUGUUUUCUCUGGGCCACACUUUCAGGGUAAAAUUUGCUUGCAUUACACCGUUUUUUUUAUUGAUAAGGGAAAUACAUUGGAAAACUCCUGGCAGUGCUUGAUUUAUAACAUAGAACACAACUACCGUACUUUGUUGUAUGAUCAUGGGACAUCUAGAAAGUAUAAACCAAUGCAGCUACGUCCCCCAUGCCAGUAAUAAGGUCACAUAAUAACCACCUGUCUCCUUGAUCCUUGCCCAUCCUGGCUUAUAAAAGCUAGCCGGGAAGGGCUGGGCGAUGGGCUUCGUGGGGUCGUGAAUGCUUCUCUCUGUGAGGGAGCCUUCCCAGACCUGCUGAAAGAGGCGGUUAUUAAACCGCUUCUUUAAAAACCAUCUUUAGAUGCGGCCACGAUGGCCAACUAUCGCCCAGUCUCAAAUCUUCCAUUCUUGGGCAAGGUGAUUGAGCGAGUGGUUGCUGAACAACUCCAGGCACGCCUGGAAGAAGCGGACCAUUUGGAUCCCUUCCAGUCGGGAUUCAGGCCUCAUCACGGGACUGAAACUGCCUUGGUCGCACUGGUUGAUGAUCUCUGGCGGGCUAGGGACAAAGGUGAAAGCUGUUUCCUAGUUCUGCUGGAUCUCUCAGCGGCGUUUGAUACCAUCGACCAUAACAUCCUUCUGGACCGUCUUGAGGGGCUGGGAGCUGGGGGCACUGUCAUACAGUGGUUCCGCUCCUUCCUCCUGGGCCGUGUUCAGAAAGUGGUGGUGGGGAUGAGUGUUCAGACCCCUGGGCUCUCACUUGUGGGGUGCAUCAGGGUUCUGUCCUCUCACCAAUGCUUUUCAACAUCUACAUGCAGCCACUGGGAGAGAUCAUCAGGGGGUUUGGGCUGGGUGUUCAUCAGUAUGCGGAUGAUACCCAGCUCUACCUCUCUUUCAAAUCGGAACCAGUGAAGGCGGUGAUGGUCCUGUGUGAGUGUCUGGAGGCGGUUGGAGGAUGGAUGGUGGCUAACAGAUUGAGAUUGAAUCCUGACAAGACAGAAGUACUGUUUCUGGGGGACAGGAGGCGGGCAGGUGUGGAGGAUUCCCUGGUCCUGAAUGGGGUAACUGUGCCCCUGAAGGACCAGGUGCGCAGCCUGGGAGUCAUUUUGGACUCACAGCUGUCCGUGGAGGCACAGGUCAAAUCUGUGUCCAGGGCAGCUGUUUACCAGCUCCAUCUGGUACGUAGGCUGAGACCCUAUCUGCCUGCGGACUGCCUCGCCAGAGUGGUGCAUGCUCUGGUUAUCUCCCGCUUGGACUACUGCAAUGCGCUCUACCUUUGAAGGUGACCCGGAAACUACAACUAAUCCAGAACGCAGCAGCCAGACUGGUGACUGGGAGCGGCCGCCGAGACCAUAUAACACCGGUCUUGAAAGACCUACAUUGGCUCCCAGUACGUUUCCGAGCACAAUUCAAAGUGUUGGUGCUGACCUUUAAAGCCCUAAACGGCCUCGGUCCAGUAUACCUGAAGGAGCAUCUCCACCCCCAUCGUUCUACCCGGACACUGAGGUCCAGCACCGAGGGCCUUCUGGCGGUUCCCUCAGUGCGAGAAGCCAAGUUACAGGGAACCAGGCAGAGGGCCUUCUCGGUAGUGGCGCCCUCCCUGUGGAACGCCCUCCCACCAGAUGUCAAAGAGAACAACAACUACCAGACUUUUAGAAGACAUCUGAAGGCAGCCCUGUUUAGGGAAGCUUUUAAUGUUUGAUGUAUCACAGUAUUUUAAUAUUCUUUUGGAAGCCGCCCAGAGUGGCUGGGGAAACCCAGCCAGAUGGGCGGGGUAUAAAUAAUAAAUUAUUAUUAUUAUUAUUAUUAUUAUUAUUAUUAUUAUUAUUUAAGGUAAAGGUAUAUAUAAUUAUAAAGGAGCCUCUCACUUAAGCAGUGCUUUUUUCUGGAGGUACUCCGCUUUUGCUGGGUAAAUAUGUUUACGUAUAUUAGGUCUAAUUUGAGGCAAACAAAUUCUCAUCUCCUCAUCAACACAAAUAAGCCUUUUUCUUUUCUGAUCUUUCAUAUUUGUCAGAGUUGAAAAUUCCUGUUUGCAACAGUAUGUCAUGGUGAACUGUAGAAGAAUAGACAAAGCCCUCUCUUCAAACGGCAAUUCUGGGUCACAACUAGGAUUGUCCUCAGUAUCACUUGAUGCUUUUGCUCUCAUUUUGAAAAAAAUGUCAAUCCAUAUUCUAAAUAAUAUCUAUAUCUAUAUCUAUAUCUAUAUCUAUAUCUAUAUCUAUAUCUAUAUCUGUAUCUAUAUAUUGAUACUAUGUGUUCAGUGUUUUAAUUUGUUGGAAGCUGCCCAGAACGGUUCAGACAACUCAGUCAGAUGGGUGACAAACAAACAAACAAUUUGUCCUUGAAUCGUCCUGCCACACUUGUCAUCCUCUCCUACCACACCAAUGUGACGUGCCACAUCCUUUGAGAACCACUGAUACAGAUUUUGAUGCUUUAUUGGAAUAUACAGUGGAGUACGAUCAGUGAGAUGCCUUUGCAUUGACUCUCCUGACAAUAGCACAGUUUGUGCCUUUUAUAUUUUGUUGCACAUAUUGUUGAUGCAUCAGUGAAAUAUGCAGCUUUAGAUAUUUGUGUGUGUGGUUUGUUAGUAAGACUCUGCUGUUGGUUGAGUCAAUGUGUGCGUUUUUUUAAUGUUACCAUGUGUCUGUCAGAAGGCAUGCGCCUGCCUAUGCUCGUGAACAUGUGUCAGUGUUUGUAUUGGCACCGGUAUGGGGGGUGAGGAUAAUAUCCCUAGACACACCAGGACUGACUAUCCCCGACAUGUGCUCACUCCCAUAGCCAAUGUGACUUGAGAGGAGUUGUGAUUAUAAUCUUGACUCCAGCAGCAAUUGGAAUGGCAAAAAGAGUUAAUUGGCAUCGAAAUGUUAUUUAUCGAGCAGCAUAACACCCCUCUCUCUUUUCUGGAGCCUUUCUGUGAGAUAGCUAUUUUGGAGCUGUUGCCAUGACAAUGGGCAGGCAUGCAACAAUUAUGGCGACUCCAAAUUGCUGUUCUAUUUAGGGGUGACAUUUGGGAGGGGUUCUACAGCCAGGUAACGUCUGCUAAAAUAGAGAAAUAAAAAAACCACCACCCUGUGUUUUGACUCCAGGAUCCCCUUCUUAAGGGGGUCGACCUUGAGCUUAGGCAUAAAAAGCAGGAGACUUGGCUCCCAGUUUCCACUCAAUUGCUAUCUCUUCACACAUGCUGGGAAACUGUAGGUGGGAGUGGAAGUUCCCUUUUCUCAAGGGGCAUUGGAUCUGCAGCCUCUGCACUGGCCGCAAAUCCAGGGUUUCCCAACCUCCCCUCUCAUAUGUCAGCUGCUUUGUGUGUGCCAGAAUGGGGUGUGUGUGUGUAAGACAUAAAGUGUCUACUUCAUGGACAAGCUACAGCCUCAUCUGUAUUGCAGAAAUAAAUGAAGAAUUCAAUUUGUACAGAGAGAAUUCUCUCCCUCUGCUCACAGAAACGUGCUUAUCCUCCCAUAGUCCAGCCUCAUGUGGGAGGGGUGUCUCUGUACUUCUGGGCCGCUCUUUCCACAAAUCCAGGCUGCACACCCUCCCUUUUAAAGCUUUUGAGCAUCUCAACUCCCAUAACAUCACUAUGAUGAUGAUGGUACCCAUCUUCUUCCUUGCAGCAGCCAUAGCAACCCAGCAUCUCACCCCCUCCGCUCAUCCCCAUGGCAACCACAUCCAAGGCCUGCUCUGCUUCAUCAAUAAUUUCCUAGCUGUGUUGCUGUUGUUGUCAGUUGUUUGAGGAUGGGGAACAAGGUGGGAGGGCAGUUGCAGUUCAGCCACAGAAAAGAAGGAAAGAUAUAGUCUGUCUGCAUUACAUGCAAGUGGGGUGCAAGGGGUGUGUGCAGAGAGAGGGGAUUGCAGUAGUUUGAGGGUUCACUCUGCUCACUGUUUAUAUAUUUGCAUAAGGCAGAGAGAGCAUUGCUUGUACAUGAACACUUUAUCUUUGCAGGUUAUUUUACAGUUUAUGUUUUUGAAAUUUGUUUAAGGAUUGUGUGUUGGAUGUGUGUUAUGGCACACUUGCAUGUUCCAGGAUUUAUUUAUAGCCUUGUAAGACUGGAUAGAUGGGGCAAUGCUCAAAAGGUGCUCACAACAGGAAAAUAUGUUUUUCAACAAGCCAAUCCUAUCUGACUUCUCAGAAGUAAGUCCCACUGAACUCAAUGGGGCUUGCUCCCAAGUAAGUAUGUAUAGGAUUGCAGCUUCCAUCUGAUAAGCUGUAUAUUGUCAAUGAUUAAUAAUCUGGUCUUAGGGUUGUAGGAGUGAUAGCUUAGGUGUUUGUGUUGUAAACAUGGGUAAAUGCAAUAUUGAUCUGAAUGUUUUUAUCACUUUGUAUAUGUAUGUACAUAAACAAUUAUAUAGGCACGACUGUUUGACCCACCCCCGAUACUUGUAACUGCCUGUCAGUGUUUCUUCGCUCAUAUGUAUGAACAGUAUGCAAUCUUGCUUAUGUUCAUGCUUCUCUGUGUGCGCAUGGGAAUGACUGAAGGCUUGUGAGUCUUAGAGAGUUUUCUGAGUUGUUUUCGUGCUGCUUCCUCAUUGUGUGUGUGUGUAGGUAGGUAAGGUUCCAUACUCACAAAGACACACAAGAUUUGGGCCAGGAGUGGACCUAUGUGAGUGUCUUUUAUACAGUAGUAGCACCCACACAGCUGAAGAGAGUACAUACAUAGAGUGUAUGUGCACCUAGACAUAACUGUUGAUCAGUGAAUAUAUUUGUGUCUCCUCUCUCUCUCUCUCUCUCUCUCUCUCUCUCUCUGUGUGUGUGUGUGUGUUACAUGUGUCAUAGAUGCAUGCUUCUGUAUGCAUAGGCGAACAGGUUUGUUCAUUUCCCCCCAGCAUUUUGAGUUCAUCUCAUGUAACCACAUAAAUAAGUGCAUGUUAGCUGUGUGAUUAGGCAGUUUAUUCAGGACAAACAGAGGACAGUAUUUCUUCAUGUGACACUUAACCAGCUUGUGGAAAUUUUUGUUACAAGACAUGGUGAUGGUUAGUAGCUUAUGUUUCUUCCCCACUGUAAUAGCUAUGCUUUGUUCAUUCACUUAUGGGGCAACAUUGUCAUCAAAUUGUAGUUCUCUGUGUGUGCAUAUUUUAAUGAAUUUUUAAUUUUUUUAAGAAGAUCCUGAAAUAUUCAGGUGAUUUGACCCUUCCCUGCUUAUGCAGCUAUGUCAUGUCUGCUUAGGUGGAUUGACAAUAACAGGAUGUAGAAAUGUAAAAGAAUGUUACACCCCCAUAAAAUGUGGGAUUGCAAUUCCUCAUGUAACUUACAGCAGGAGAGUGAUGAUUGGGCAGCACUAGGAGUUAUCAGCCUGUCUUGGGAAUAUAUGGAGAUUAGAACUGUCAAUGACAAUAAGCCAUGAAGGGUACAUGGAACCUCCAAUAUCCUGGAAUAUUUAAUAUUACAUGUACAAAUGAAGUGUACUUGCCACCUGACCGGGUGGGCGGGUGGGGACAUUUUAGUCAUGGAACAUUUUACUUUUAUUUUAUUUUGUUUUUGAGCCAGCUGCUGAGGAAGGAAGGAGCAUGGCCAUUCCCCCCCCCCUUUAUCUAAGCCUUGAAAAUAAAAACAAUAAAAUUUUUGCACUGUAGAUGACUAGAUAGCAUUUGUGUAGGGCUCUGCCUCCUGUUUCCACUACACAACCCUCCCUGACACAACCCUCCCACAACCCUCCUCAAGCCCCACCACAGUUAGCAGAAUGUUUGAUUUCAGCAGCUGGAAGCCGUGAGUCAGGGGAGGGCAGUUACCUUUUCAUUUCCUGCUUGUGGACUUUCUGCAGAGGCAAAUGGGCUGGCUGCUGCUGAAAAGAAGGAUGCUGGUCUAGUUGACUCUGUGGUCUGGAUUAGCCUAGGCUGUUCUCUGCAGGAUGGUUUCCUUGGCAUAGUAUUCCAGAUUAUUUCUUUCCCCCACCCCCACGCCCCAAGAUUGAAGCUUGUCAGGCUACCUCUUCAACCCUCUCCCCAUCAUCUCCCUGGUGUGAAUAAGGUGGCAUUAAAUGAAUGAGAAAGGGAAAAUAAGCUCAGCACAUAGUCUUGGCUUGGAAGGUUAUCUGUUGAAGUGUAUGACCUAUGACCUCCAAUUUACCAUUUUGCCAAAAAUGUUGGCAUGAUUUGAGAAUUAAACAGUGCCCUGUCUGAGGGUGCUCCCUCACCCCAGACAUUUUGGUGCUUGAGGAAGACAACCUAAAUUGCAACUUCCCUUUCACACACAUUCACAGGGAGUGCAUUCUCCACUUUCCCCCUUCUGGGGAAGUAAUCCCGCACAAGAACAAGUGUUGUGCAAAUGCACUGUCAGGGCUUCCUGCAGGGGAUGUGGGCCCCAUGGGUCAGAUCUGUCUGCCUGUUGCUUUUUUGGGGUCUCAAAAUUUGCCCCCUGAGACCGCUGUCGACCAUAUCUCCCCCCUAAUUAGCUGCUCGUGUAUCUUCCCCCUCCCAUCACCACUUGCUUUCUACAGUUGGCAAUAGGAUAGCAGUUCAAGGCCUGACUACCACAGAGCUAUAUGACAGGCAGAAAUUCAGCAGGUGCAGUGUCUCCCAAUGAAACAAGAUGCAACAAAACAAAGCUUAAGACUGCUAAAGAGAACUGCAGUUCAGAUUGCUUGGGCUAUACUUUUCCUUGGUAAGACUGCCAUCUUUUUUGUGCCUCUCCCUUUUGUAGCAGCCUGACAGGUAAAAAUUUAGCAUGCAGAGCUUUUCCUGCACCAGGAGAAAACAUCAAUCUGCUUAAAGACCUCCAAAGAAGGAGACUCCACCACACUCCUUGGCAGCAAAUUCCACUGUCGAACAGCUCUUACUGUCAGGAAGUUCUUCCUAAUGUUUAGGUGGAAUCUUCUUUCUUGUAGUUUGUAGUGAGGACCUUCAAGGAAUUUAGACACAUUCUUGAAGGAUAAGGCUAUCAGUGGCUACUAGGUAUGAUGGCUAUGUAUUAUUUCUGGUAACAAAGGCAGUAUGCUGGUGAGGUGGGAAGCAGAAGAGUGUGCUAUAGGCUCUUGUCUGGCUUGUGGUACUGGUUAGCCAUUGUGGUAAACAGGAUGCUAUCUAUACUAGAAAGGCCAUUGGUCUGAUCCAGUGCAGCUUUCUUAAGCUAUUACAGUGGAGAAGCCUAUAUUUCUGGAAGAUGUCCCUGUGGAUGUGCAAAGUGAAUUUUUAAACCACCAGGCCUUUGGCUGAAUUAACAUCCAGUACCCCUUAAAUGUGUUGUGGGAGGGGGUGGGGUUAUUGGUUUGAUUUUGUUCUUGCUUUUGUUAUAUAUUUUGUGCUUUUUAAAUCUUGUACUUUUAUGCUGUGAACUGCCCUGAGAUCUAUGGAUGAAGGACGGUAUACAAAUUUAAUUAAUUAAUAAUAAUAAUAAUCACCCUGCCAGAGCUUUCCAUAGCGGGUUAAGGGACCUGGCAGCCACCAGCUAGACAGGCGGGCAUUUACUCUUUUUUAGAAACUGUCCUAGCUGAGCAUAAAACAACUAGGGGUUUUUAAUGCCCAGCCGGAAUCCUCAUCCCAGGAAAGAGAGAGAGAGCGAACCAAGGGGGGGGGGGGGUCACCAAAUCCCGAAGCCCGGCUCCUCCCUGGCCCCGCCCGCCGGAGCAGCGCGGAGUUGAAGGGGCUCCUUCGCCCCCAUCGCGGAGCCGGCGCGCCUGGCGGAAGCGGGGCCCGCCCGUCUGGGGGUCCGGGAGGCGGCGCCCCUCGGGGCCGGCAAGGAGGGCGGGCCUGGCGGCGCAGGCUCCUCCUCGGCUUGGCGCGCCGCACGAAGGCAGGCAGGCAGGCAGGCAGGGAUGGAGGAGCGGCGGCGGCGCUGCUCGGGGGCUCCGAGGAACCGCGGCGGCGGCUGAGACCCCGCGGCGCUUGCCCGCCUGCCCGCCCGCCGGUCGGCCGGACCGGCCAUGUGGUGCCUGCAAUGCUCGUCCGAGCGCCGCCCGGGGCAGCUGCAGCACAAGCUCCUGCGCGGGUGAGUGCGCCCCCCGCCCCCCCGGCCCCCGCCUCGCCCGGGCUGCGCGGGUGCUGAACUAGCGCGGGGAAUAUUGCAGCCGGCAGAGAAAUGCCGCCGCCUCUCUCUCCCCCCCCCCCCCAUAUCAGUCCUCUUCGUCAGGGAACUCCCCGCUCCCCAUCUGCUUUUUCCUUCAGCGGAUUAAAUGUUGCGCGCGGGGGGGGCGGGUUCUCCGAUACCCCAUUGGGUGAUGCCCCUUUCGUAGCCUCACAUCCCCCCCCUCACAAUUUCUCAGAUUUUAAAAUUUCUUAAAUUAUCUUAGAAGGAAACCUUUCUGAUGUCUCAUACGGGUCUCCCACAUAAUUUCUCCUUACCAUCCCUCCCCCAUUUAUUCUGCAGGAAUCCCCUUAUCCCCUCCUGCCUUCCUUACCAGUAGCAGGAGCCACACGCCCCAAAGAUGCCCCUUGGACAGGAAUGCCCCUUGCCCCCCUGCACUCACCCCCCCAACUCAGUGGCUGACCCGCACACUGUGCACAUCAUCUGUUUGGAACAGCCUGCCUUCUUUCCUCCGGAUUUCCCUUGGGUUUCUCAGCAGACAAAGGAACAUUGAGACUAUUGCUGGGGGGCUGCCCCGCAACCUCAGCCUGCCCUUGGCCAGCCCCCGCCUGCCUGCCCCUCUGCCAUCAGGCCUGGUUGCCCCCCCUCUUGUCACCCUGGUAGAACUCCGCAGGAGGGUGGAUGGGGACAAACCCACACUGAAUUGGCUCCUCCUGUUGCUGGCUCUGGUUCCACCUCCUUGCCUCCUGCCUUGGCAAUCCCAGCAGGAACAGUUAGCGCUGGAAGUUACCUUAUACUGGAUCAAACCACCUUGCUCUGUUGACUUGUAGUGACAACCGAGGACCUUUCCCAGCCCUUCCUGGAGCUGCUAAGGAUUGAAGCUGGGGCCUUUUGCUAAGCCAAGGUUUGGUUUAGUGUCUCAUGAGAACCAAGGCGGUGCAGUGCAGUAGUGGUUAACAUGUUGGACUACGACCAGAGGGAUCAGGGUUCAAAUCCUUACCCAGGCAUGAAGUUCAUUGGCUUUGUCUUGAGCCAAGACACUAUCUCUCAGUCUAGCCUACCUCACAAGGUUACUGUGAAGAUGAAAUGAAGAGGGGGAGAACCACUUGUGCCCCCUUGAGCUCCUUGGAGGAAAGGUGGGAUAUAAAAAUAAUAACAAAAACAUCAGUCAGUCCCUCAACUCUCCACAGGUCACGUCUUUGAAUGCCUUUUGCAAACAUCCACAGGCUUCCUUUCCAUUUCUUUUUAGCUCCAUUGCUGGGCUUGGCCUCCCUUUGGCCUUCAGGCCUUGCGCUCAGGCUAGGUUGUGAUGUGGGCCUCCCUCCUUUUAGUUAGUUAAUAUUAAUUGUAUGAGCGAAUUGGUCCUCACUCUGGGUUCCAAGAUAUAAGGAAGAAUGUUUGAAGACCUCACACCUGGAUGAGAUCCCAACUUUGACCGUGAAGGGAGAAACAGAUUUGGGUGGAGAAGUUAAAUUCUAAAGCACUACAGCAGUCAUGAAAUAGGUUUCAUCUUUGUCCCAAUUGAGUUCCCCCACCCCACCUUCACAGCUGUGAUACCACCUACCAUCACAAUCUCUUACUAUGCAUUAAUUAAUCUGGAAUGACAGCUGUACCUUCCUCUGUACACACAAUCGCCAACAUGGAUUUGGGUCCCUUACUUUGCAGGGAUAACAUUUUGGCAUGUCUCUGCUUGUAGACAACUUUCCGCUUCUAAACUCAACAUUGCGUCUGGCCAUGUGGUGGUGUGAAUCCUUACAUUAUGCAGUCAGCAGUGGCAGCGCUUAUUUCAGGUGGAACUCGCCAGAACUGCAACCCGGCAUCUCUCUGCUGGGCCCCGGAACUGGGGGAGGGACCUGACCAGCCUGAGCAAAGCCCAGCUGCCCCUCCGGCACGUGAGGAGACCCCCCUGGGGCUCCAGAGAGGGGCAGGUGAGCUGGAGGGGCAGCAGGGCUUUGCUGAGGCUCCUCAGCCUCCCAGCUAACAGCUGGCAUGCAGGAGAGCCUCACCUCAGCCCAGGAAGCCCCCUUGUUGCUCCAGGUCACCUGAGAGGGCAAACUGCUCAGCUGAAGUGUGGGGCAUCUGCGUGCCACCAGCCCCCCGACAGAGGCGGCCUCUGGUUCCCUCUUGGGGCUCUGGGGUGGGUCUUCUGAGGAAGUUGCGUUCCAGACCCUUUUUGUGUAGAAAAAAAGCACUGAGUAGUAGGGACAUUUUAAAAUGUCUCUGUCCACAUGACUGAACUUUGCCAACUACAGACUUUCCUCAUGGUUGCAGUGUAAUCCCCCACCCUUAAUCUGGUGACAAAUGUGGUGGUCAUACUUGUAAGAAGAGUGCAUGUACAAGUAUGCCAAAAUUUAGCAGAAAUACAGUGGAAAAAAUCAGGAUGUGGGUUUGGGUGUGGCUUCCUAAAAAUCCUAACCUUCAUAAGGGGGUGGGAAAACAAUCUAGUCCUCAUGUUUGUGAAGAUUUGGCAGUUUCUGUUUAUAUUUUGACUAUGUAUUUUGUGGUUUUAUAUUGUAAUUUUAUUUUACCUGCAGGUAUAGGGCAGAAUUAAUAAUAAUAAUAAUAAUAAUAAUAAUAAUAAUAGCAGCAUCCUUGAAGCGUGUUGGGAGUGCUUGCUGAAAUCAGAAACCAGAGGCGUGGUUGAAUAUAAAUCCCAGGAGUGACAUUAUAGCUCCUAUAUAGUCCCUUGCCCCUCCCCUAGCAAAAACAGUAUAAAUAGGAAUAAUAGGAAUAAUAAAUAGCAAAAACAGGAAUAAAAUUACAGAAUUCAGCUUUUGAUGUUCAAGAGUUUGAGUUAUAUUGACAAAGAAUAUGUGUAGCCCUUCUCAUAAGUAUUAUUAUUAUUUAUUGAAUUUGUAUACUGUCCUUCAUCCUAAGAUCUCAACAUAAAAAUACAAAAUGAGAACACUAAAUACAUAAUAUGUAAUCAGACAAAACCAAACCAAAUAACUGCCCUCUUAGGACCACAUUUUAAAAGCCAUAGAAUGUUAAUCACAGCUAAAGGCCUGGUUAUAGAGAAACGUUUUUCCUGGUGCCUAAAGGUGAACCUCCCUGGGGAGAACCUUCCACAAGUGGGGAGCCACUGCAGAAAAGGCCCUUCUCAUGUUGCCACCCCCUGGACUUCUCAUGGAGGCGGCACACGAAGAAGGGCCUCAGGUAAUGAUCACAAGGUCCAGGUCAGUUCAUAUGGAGAGAGGCAGUCUUUGAGGUAUAGCCGCCCCAAGCUGAUUUAUAGGUCAUAACCAGAACUUUGAAUUGGGCCCACAAGCUAAUUGAUAUCCAGUGCAGUUGGGCCAGGAUUGGUGUAAUAUGGUUCAAACCAUUUUGCCCCCAGGGAGCAACCUAACCACUGAAUUCUGCACCAGCUGAAGCUUCCAAAUCAUCUUCAGGGUACUGACCUACAUCUAAUUCAUUGCAGUAAUUCAGCCUAGAGGUUACCAGAGCAUAGACAACAAAAGUUAGGCUAUCCCUGUCCAGAUAGGGGCACAGCUGGGCCACCAGCCAAAGCUGAUGGAAGGCAAACUGUUUCUCUCUCUCUCUCUCUCUUUCUCUCUUUCUUUCUACAAAACAAACUUUGCUUGUUUCUUUUAAUUAUAUUUUUAAAUAGAUGAAAAAUAAACCUAGUGUUCUACAAGAAAUUCAAAUAAAAUAUUGGAAAUUGAGAUUAUAUAUGCAAAAUAAUUAAAAACUCUAGUGAGGAAUUGUUUUGGCAAAGCCUCUGAGCAGUUUUAACCUAGCUCCGCUUCUGCCCCUCUUCAGCAGUUGUGCCUGACUUCAGAGGAGAGGAGGUUGUCUUUGUGAUCAUUUGUUUUUCACUCUAUUUGUCUGAGGCAGCUGUUUCACAGUUACAGAAUGCAAUCCAGGCAUCCACUGACAAGACACCUGUUGCAAGAAGAUCUCCUUUUCCCAGCAUGCAAGCCACAAUUCUGGGGAAAUGCAAUUUUAUCUAUCCCCAGCAAAUGCACCUGUAGCGGGUGUAGAAUGCAACGUGGAAUUUGAUUGCUUAAAUGUCACCUUGCAUUUCUUAUUACUUUGCGUAAAGACCCAAUGUCCUAUUGCAUCAUUUUGUUUCCCAACAUCAUUUUAAAAAGUCUUGAGAAGUUUGAAUGUUUCCUGUUUUAUAAUGGAUAUCUCAUGCAAUAUAACGAAAAAGGUGAACCCCACAAGGCUGCCUUGCAGCAGAGCAUGGGCGUAGCCAAGGGGGGGGGCAGGGGGCAGCUGCCCCCCUAGAUCAAGUAAAGCAAUAGAAAUACUUAACUAACUGACCAAUCACAUCAGUUCUGCCCCCCUAGCAAAAGCCCCACCUCCUCCAACAAAAGUCCUGCCCCUCCCCACAGAGAUUCUGGCUGUGCCCCUGCAGCAGAGAGCCCCAUAUUUUGGUACACUUCUUCAUUACCAUUUUUUCAAAUGGCAGCAAAUAUUCAGUUGUCCCACUGAUCAAAAGUAUGCCCCCCCCCCCCCGGAACCAUACACUAUUUGGGGUAAAGUUGGUUCUGAAUCUAGGCUGGCAAAAUAAAAUAGGGGUUUUAUUGCUGCCUGGAAAGGCUCUAAGAGAGACCAUGUGAUUUGGGAAGGGCAGCACUGGCAAGAGUUUAUAAAUUCCAGCAUGGCACCCUAUUAGCAGGUGUGAUCGGAAGCUCAAGGAGGGGCAGCAAGGGGAGCCAAGAUGCUGCUUCCCCCCCCCCCCCGCUGCAUCCCUUAGCAAUAGAACAAGGAAGUCGACCUGACAAAUGGCAUUCCAUCUCAUCUCCAAGGGAAAUUGUCAUGCCUGGAGCCCAGCCAUAUGGAAUUUCAACUCUCAGCAAGAUGCAGCCGCUUCCAGGGUGGACUGCAGCAGUAGCAGCUGAUGUCUCUCAGCCCCAUAACAUUUGAAGACAAGGAAGUAAAGGAACGUUCUGUUUCUGGUUGGGAACCUUUGUGGGGUGGGGGAGAAAAGGAAGCAUAUUUAAAGGACCAGAGGAUUGAAAUCCCUUUAGCUGGGAUGCAGCCCGGAAAUCUGGUAGAAAAGAGUGUGGCUUGAAUAUGUUGAAAUGUGAAGGUGUAUUGAGGCAGGAUGUGCUGGACCCUGGUGCUAAUGACAAGGAAGUGUCUUUUCUUUCUCCGGCUUUGACCAGGAGAAGACAGAGAAGGGCUCUGCUGAGAUUUGAACUUGCAGCUGCCCAGCGUACCAGAGUUCCAAGCUUCUGUUUCAGCUGGUGACAAAGGCUUAACAAGGAGGGAAAGAGGAGCCCUUGCCUCUACCGCUUUCUGUUCUGUUCCUUGGUCUCUGGCACAGUCCAAACUCACCAUUGUUUGGGGGUCAGGAUGGAGGCUGUGAUGUUACAUUGCCUGCUGGCACCUUGUACAUUCUCUUUGGUUUCCACGAUGGUAUGUGUUUUUUACCUUCUCUGUAGUAUAUUUUGCUCUGUACUCUCUUUGUUGGACACUCACUAUCAUUCCUCUAGAUUUCUUGGGAGUUUGUGGGGCUUUUUUUUUUUGUAUGUGUGAGUUAUUUUUACGAAACAAAGUAAUAUUGUUCAUAUUGCAAAACUUAAAUCAUUUUGUUUUUUAAAGCAUUCUCUCUCUGUGUGUGUUUAUCAAAAUGAUGUACAGUGGAACCUUAGUUCUCGAACUUAAUCCAUUCCGGAAGUCCGUUCGACUCCUGAAACCAUUCGAAAAGCAAGGCACAGCUUCUGAUUGGCUGCAAAAGCUUCCUGCGCUCAAGCGAAAGCUGCUGACCUUCUGGGUUUUUGGCGUUCAGGAGCCGAUUUGUUCAUCAACUAAACCGUUUGAGAAGCAAGGUACCACUGUAUGUAGCACACCUACCACAGGAAAACAUUUUUUUUCUUUUGAGCAACAUUGGACUGUUAACCCACACUCUUGUGAUUUUCUACAGUGUGCUACAUGUCCAUUGUCCUUUUUCCUCACAAUGGUCAAUGAAUCUUGUGCAACACUUUCUCUACCCCCCCCCAGUCUGUUGUGUGUCCAGGAAAGCUUUUCUUGAUAAUGCUGGCACAUCAUGCUUAUAAUUAUUUAUUGCAUAUGAUGCUUGCUGCUGAGCUUUCUGAUAGCAUACUGCAUGCUUCACAGGGUUUUCACAAUGACAGUUGUGCAUAUUUCCUGUGAAUCUCUCUCUCUCCUCAAUCUGCACCUCAUUCACCAGGGUUCAGUUAGUGAAUGCAAAAUCUGAACUAAAUUCAUUCUCUGGUAAUCUCUCGGUCUCUGCUUUUCUCCACCCCCCAUCUGGCACGUAUAUUCUUUAUGCUCUCUAGCCUCUCAAGACUUAAGAAGACCUCAGGGAGCAAUUUGGCCUCUUCUUAUGUAUUUUCUCUCUCCCUCUCUCUGUGGAAUCAGCUAACCCAUUAUUCUCCUAUGAGCUGGAGACCUGGCAGAUGUAAUAAUGCCUGUGUGUGGCAGAAAGCAGUUGUGGGGAAAAGGGGCCCUUGGUGAGUGUGUGUCAGUUUGAGGCCCCUCAGUUCCCAGGGUAGUUAAUCGUAGCGGCUGUGGGCGGCCCACCCUUUAUGGCUAGGGCUUAAUAGGACCCCAACUGGGCUGCUCCCUUUGAUGCUGGUUGAUGACUAUCAAACAAAACAAGAAAACUGUCCUUUUACGGCCUUUCUCCUGAAUAUCUUUUAAGUCUGGAAAUGGGAAGGGCCAGAAAUAUAAUUAAAGAACUAAUCUGGGACAUAGAAUUCCAAAAUGAUUGUAACCGAUCUUCUAAAAUCUAUAAAUCUCUACAUGAACCUCAUCCCACAAAUUACUUAAGUGCAGUGGAUAACCCUAUACAUCAUUGGGGUUUUUCCAGAGCCCGUUUUAAUGUUCUCCCUUCAAUAAUAAUAAUAAUAACAAUAAUAAAUUUAUUUAUACCCCGCCCAUCUGGCUGGGCUUCCCCAGCCACUCUGGGCAGCUUCCAACAAGAUAUUAAAAUACAGUAAUGCAUCAAACAUUAAAAGCUUCCCUAAGUAGUGCCCUCAGUACUAGGUUGAGGGCAGAUAUCAUGACAUCCCAAUUGAACAAAGUUUAUGCCCAUGCAACUCUAAUGAGAUUGAAUCCAUUGGGCACGUUCUUCUAUACUGCCCAUUGUACUGUGAUACCUGAAGAGAGCUUAUUUUACCAUUGUUAAGGAAAUUACCUGGCUGCUCAGAGGAAACUUAAGUUAAAUACCUUCUUGUCGAUAAAGAUCUGGCUAUCAUUAGGACUGUUGCGAAAUUCUGUUUUAUGGCAACUAGGACAAGACAGGCCGCGGUGGCAGUCAUGACUGGCGAGUGAGUACUGAUUUUAAUCUAUGGAAUACAGAUUUUAGCUGAAGGAGUGUUAUUUUUAGUGUAAAUAAGCUUAUAGGGAAUAGUUAAUUACAUCCACUUCUUCAUGUGAGUGUGGUAUAUGAUGCUGCUGUUGUUGUUGUUAACUUUGCUGUCUGGUUUUUGACCGUAAUAAAGAUUGCUUGCUUGCUUGAUUUCUGAGAUAUGCUCAUCAUCUUUCUUUGUGUGGGUAUUGGUAUAGCCAUGUGGCUUGUGUUAGGUGUUCCCAGAAUCCUUUACUGUGUGCUGGAAUUCUGGAGUAGGAUUCCAGGGUUCCUGAACAGUGAAAAGUUUGAAAUCAUUGCCGCAGAGCAUGACAGAGUUCUGCAUUUGCCGAAGUUAAGAGGCAUUCCGCCUUCUUUCUUACACACAGAAGAGGAUGCCACAUCUAAGAUACUGCAACUGUUCGUGCAUCUUCUAAGAACAAAGUAUGCUUCUUGCAUCUUCUCUGUGUUAGAGAGGUCUACAUAACCUGUGACCCAUUGCCUUAUAUGGCAGCGCACCAGAGACUCAAAAAACUGGUUGUUUGCCUGCUGGGACUGCAGAAGCAGGGAGUUGAUAAGAACCUCACAAGUCACUGUUUGUGGCUGAUGGGCUGUGCUGAAUUUGGUGGCUCAUAAGUUUUAGAAUUGAGUAAGUGUGCUUUUUAUUAGCUCAGGUAUGGCUUCUUAAGCAGGAUGUACAUGUGUGUGCUUUGCCACCCAAGGCUUCGUUAAUUAAAAAGGAAGAUGCAAUGUUAGAACAGGAACAAUUUCACCAGAUGCAUGUCUGCUUCUAAAACAGAAUAUGUGUGUAAGCUCUGCAAUGUAAAACAAACAAGCAACCCAACUAAAGUCCUUUUUAAAGGAAUGGAAGGAUAAAAAAAGUAGUAGUACUCAAAGUACUAUUUUUUUAAAAAAGUACUCAAAGCAUUUGUACUUGUUUUCUCAUUGUGGCUAUAUAGAUAUACUGUGUGUGUGUGUGUGUGUGUGUGUGUGUGUGUACACACACACACACUCUCUGCAGGUGGCCUUAUCAAAAUCACUAUUUGAUGGGAGAUCAGAAUUGAGCUAGGCACUCUUGCUGUGCUCACCCUUUCCUGGCCCUGCCUACCAUUUGUAUAUUAGAAGUACCAUUAGCACUUGGCCCUUCCCAUGUAGAGCUUCACACUCGUGGAUCUGCUUCGUGCCCUCCAGACAUGGCACACUCAAGGCAGCCUAUGCUGCAUGGAACAGACACAUGCAGGAGCCUAUGGAAAUUCCAGCUCCUUCAUCCAAAUAGCAGGCAAGGCAGCACACGGAGCAGCGCAUGUGAACAUUUGCCUAUAGCUAAGAUUGUCUUGUGAGCUGGAUGGGGUCCAUGAGCUUCACCAGAACUAGAGUUAGCAACCCAUCUUGAUUAUUGCAACGCAACACAGGUAACAAUGCUAUUUAAAAAAUUUAUUAGAAUGUGAUUGUACAAAUGUCAUUAUGGGUGCCUAGUGGGUAGUGCCUAUGAUUAAGUUCCUGCAGAAGGUCAGUGUCAGGAGAAUUCAGAAUGGGAACUCACCCAUCCCAUAAAAGUUUAUAUAUCAGACUCCCAACAUUUAAGAAGACUUUUUGGGAGCCAAAUGGCCAACUUUUGCUUCUCAAAACAAGAGCAGAUGCAUCAUGGGAGAUCAGACAUUGCAUCACCUGACUAUUCUUCUCUCUCUCCCCCCCCCCUUUUUAGGUCAGAAGCAGCCUGGGGUAGUAGAGGGGCUCUAGCUUUGAUUGGAUCUGUGAUGCUGCGGGUGUUUAACCCUUUCCCCUUAUGUUGCUUCCUGGAUCUAAAUCACCCUGAAGCUGCUGUUAGCCCCACUAGGAAAAGAGUAUAGGCCUGGUGGCCCAGCAGAGACAAUAGCAGCUUCGUGGUGCAUGUUUUCUGUCAAUCAGGGAAAUUACGUGACUGUGUGGUUAGCAGGCAAAGGUUCAUCCCUUUCACCACCAGCACUUCUACUGUGGUGAUAAUAUUGGCAGCUGAUUGAAUUGGCUAGUUUAGGAUAAUGGGACAAAAGAACCACAGAUGGGGUGCAGUGACUAUGGUGUGUCCCCCCCCCCACAAUCUUUGUCAAUGGAGCUGCCAAGUCUUGACCUUGGUGUGUCAAGCCCCCCCCCCCGCAGCUCAGGGAUGAGCCUCUGUUGGCUCCUGGAGCUGCUGGUUCUCUCUCUCAGCAAAACUGCUGUGCAGAGCUACGGUUCAGAUUUUAAAGGGCAAUCAGAGGGGAGUAAAUGCAUUUUAAAAUCCAACUUGGUGGUUUUGAUAAGAGACCAGAUCAGCCAACAGCAUUUAAAUAAUGCCAUUUUAAAAAAGGAUCUGAGGCAAAACAGGAAAGGAACUAUAUUACACGAUUCCAUGGCAUAGUUCCCUUUCUGCUUCCUCUGCUCCCUUUUUAAAUGGGCAGCUAGCUACCAGCCAGGACUACUACUGCCACCGUCUCUCUCUCUCUCUCUCUCUCUCUCUCUCUCUCUCUGACAGUGCUGGGGCUGCAGGCUGGCACCACAGAGGUCGCCAUUUCAGAGGUGGGUCAGGGCCAGCCAGAUAAAUGUGGCUGCCUGAGGCAAAAGACAAGGUGGCAUCCCUGCCCUGCCUGCCCUCCAACAACCACUGCAUAUAAAGAAAACCAGGCUAGCAAUUGCAUCUGACUUUGAUACUGGCAGUGGGGCAGCAUUCUCCCCUGCACCUGGAGGCAGCAAGCGAGCUUAGGUGGCUCAGCAUUUUCCGUCUGAGGCAGAUGCCUCACUCUGCCUCCUGGUAAGGUCGGCCUUGGAUAUAGGAAGAAAGCAAGGCAUCCAGAGGCCCAGAUGAAACCUACCUAGGCCCUUCUCAAACCUAGCAUGGCUUCUCUUCUUUCCCAGUCUUCCACAGUUUGUUGAAUCUCUCUUCCUUUUUUCUUCAGCGUGGAAGGAGACCCGCCUGGAAGUGAGGCAGGCACUAUUAUAGUGGACAGCCUGGGCAGUCAGCCUCCAUAUCGUUGUACCCCUGAGGUGACCAAGAUUGAGCACUACGAUUUGGCACCCUCUUCAUCGUCCUCCUCUGUCUGUCACACUCCAUCACCAGGCAUUCCGUGGGCUCAGCGUGCUCGGCUCCAGCCAGCCAGUGUGGCACUGAGAAAGCAGGAAGAGGAAGAGAGCAAGCGUUCCAAGGCACUGUCAGACAGCUAUGAGCUCUCAACAGACCUCCAGGACAAAAAGGUAAGCGGUGUCUUCAGCGUGCACAUUUUAUAAGGCCAGAAACCCCAUCUAUAGCAAGAAGCCCAAGGCAAUCUAAUGUGUGCCACUUGUCUCCAUGAUUAGGGCCAGAUGAUUUCAGAAAUGAGAGCCAGAGGCCUACUGAGGCCAACUAGACCAGCUUCUACUGCCAUUCUCACUUGGCACAGUGCAGUCAGGAAAGUUGAGGCCAUUGCAAGCCUUUGCUCUUCUCGUAGGCCUCCAGGUGUUGUUGGAAUAUAUCACCCAUUAUCCCUGGCCAUUGGCAUGCUGGCUGGGGCCAGCUGGAUUUGGAGUCCAACAAUAUCUGGAGGGCCACAGGUUCCCCUAGACAAGAGAUGGCCCAGUAGUCUGACUCAGCAGGAGGCUGAUUCAUAUGUUCUAGGGGAUGAAAGUGAAAGCGCUGUCCUUUGCUGUGGCAUCUUGCCCAUGGUCCUCUAGAAUCCUGCCCCCUCCUUUGCUGAUGAGGUCUCUCCCAAGCUGCCCAUCUCUCUUUUCCAUAGAAUUCAUUGUUUAAUCCAAAUUAUUUCCCCCACUCCCUUGCCUAAAUCCCUGUCCUCACCACCACCACCGUUCCUCUGUUGCCUACUGCAGGUGGAGAUGCUGGAGCGGAAGUAUGGGGGCUAUUUCCUGAGCCGACGAGCAGCUCGCACCAUCCAAACAGCCUUUCGCCAGUAUCGCAUGAACAAGAAGUUUGAGCGUCUGCGAAGCUCGGCCUCUGAGAGCCGCAUGUCCCGGCGCAUUAUCCUCUCCAACAUGCGGAUGCAGUACUCCUUUGAGGAGUUUGACAAGGCCCAGAAUGCCCCUUACUUUGAGGGCAAGCCAGCCUCACUGGAUGAGGGGACCAUGGCCGGUGCUCGACCUCAUCUGCUGGACCGUGGCCUGCCCUAUGGUGGCUCCUGUCGGGCUGGCUUGGACGGCAGCUCCCUGCAUUCCUCUUCUGGAGGCUUUUGCAAUGACAUCACUGAGCUAGAGGACUCCUUCUCCAAGCAGGUAGGCUGCGCCAAACUGUGCGCCACCCUUGCCUUUUCCUUUGCCCAGUGAAGACCUUUCAACAACCCCUUUGGCUGUUCUCUUGGUUCCUUUGCUUAGUCAUGACCUCAAGCUCCCCCCUCCCUGCCCCAUGGACUUUCUUCAGCCCUUCACAAAUCCCCUCUGUUGCCCUCCCACCAUUGUGAAUUCAGCUUCCCGGGAUCCAAUAAUAACAAGUUUUAAACAAAUCUGGUAGCUUCCAUUUACGUGAAAGGUGAUUCUAACUAAACAUCAGGGAAAACUUUUUGUUUGACAGUGAGACAGGCUCCCUUGGAAGGUGGUAGGUUCUCCUUCACUGGAGGUUUUUAUGCAGAAGUGGCCACUGAUGCUUUAGUUCAGUUUCCUGCAUCGCAGGAGGUUGGACUAGAUGGCCCUUGGGGUCCCUUCCAACUCUACAAUUCCAAAUGCACUGAGUGCCAGCACGGGGGGUACCUGUUUUUGAUCAGGGCAUAACCAAAGCUCUUCUCAGAUUUCAUUGAAAGGAAAAAGAGAGAUACAAGGAAAGACAUGCAGGUGGUAUUGCCACUGGUCUUCAGCUGUUGGGUCGGGACCCACUAAUGUGUCGUGGCCUGAUCUAAGGUUGGUCACAACUGCCACCCUGCAAAGAUUAAGAAAUGGGUCCCCAAAUGCAUGUUUGGGGUAAAAGAGGAUUCUGGGUGUGAAAGCACUUGCUUUGUAAGGAGUGAAUCUGCUCUGAACUUCUUGGGUUCUCUUGGGUUGUAACUCUGAAAGCAGGCUUUGGUCGCUUGCUAGUUUGGGUUAAUUUUAUUAGGAAGUCUUGUAUCCUGCUUUUGACUCCAAAAAGGUAUCCUAAGAAAAAAACCCAAUGCAAAAUGGGUAGAGAAUGCAACUAAUAUUUAAACACUUACAUUUUCUGUGCUGGUGUUUUCUUUCUGCUGUAAUACUGUUGCUUCCCAAUGUUUUCUGCAAUAUCCUUCAUUUUUUUUAUAGAUCUGAUUUACAGUGUGGUGUUGGUAUUGGCGGAUGAUUGCACCAUUUGCCUGUUCACUAUGGAACAGCACUAUUAAGGAUGUUCAGGUCUAUUUACCUUCGAUUAAAAGGAGUCCUUGCACUUUUUGCAUCUCAGUACAGCUGGGGGAAUUAGUGAAGAAUUUCCUCUUACUUGGUUAGCUUCUGUCCCCUGAAAAAGGGAAGGGACUUUAAUUAUUGGUUUCUUUUCAUAUUGUUUUUCUUUUAUACAUUAUAGUAGGUUCAUGGCCAAAGCCAUUAUCCAGCAUUGCUGGAUAAUAUGAUGCUGUAUUAAACACUUCUGUAGAACUCACAUUUUAAUUCCUUUUCCCUCCCCUGGCAUAAAAAGCAGUCCCUCAGCAGUGCUCAAAGGUUCUAGCAUGGUAGAGCCCCAAACUGCAGCCUGCAUAUGAAAUUGUGUAUUGUGUUUCCUUUGUUGUCUUUAACUGAUUUUGAUAAAUGGAUAAACUUCUAUUUUUCUACAAUACUACAUGUCCUGUGCGAUGAUAGAAUACUGCAUUUGGCCUCCUGCAAUUGUAGCAUGCUUUGUAAAAGAUUAUUCAAAGUGUGAUUUGAUUUUCGAAUAGAUGCUUAAUUUGUAUAGUGCACAGAAGGUGGGUUUCCUUGAUGCAACAAUUUUUGGUUCCAUUUCUCCCCCUCCCCCCAUUUUCUUCUUACAAAGCCCUGAGUAUAAUCCCUCCUGGCUAACUUCCUUCUGUGCCUCCCAACAGGUGAAGUCUUUGGCAGAGUCGAUUGACGAAGCGUUGAACUGCCACCCCCUGGGACAGGAGGGGGGGGCUGGCGGACCUUCCUUGGAAAAGAGUGAGUCCAAGGAGCAGCAGGGGGACAGUGCUGCCACCUCGUUCAGUGAUGUAACGCUGUACCUGGAUGAAGGAGCUCCCACGUCGCCCAUCUCUCUGGAGCGCCCACCCAGCACUGACCCACCUGAGCCCACCACUGUGCCAAUCCCACCACCACCACGGCCAGAGUACUGGGUUGGGCCACAGCGAGAGGACAGCCGCGAGAACGGUGGCAGCCGACGCAGCACACCUUGUAUGGAAUGCAGGGACUAUCGAUUACGCGGGGCCCAUCUCCCGUUGCUCACCAUCGAGCCUCCCAGCGACAGCUCAGUGGAUCUAAGCGACCGCUCCGAUCGAGGUUCUCUCAAUAGGGGUCUCAUAUUUGAGCAAGAUGGUUGCAGUCCCCAUGGCACCCUCAAGCACGCUGGCGGACCCACCCGUUCCCCACACCCACACCGGCAUUAUCACCCUGAACAAAACCAGCCACCCCCACCUCUGCCAAUACCUCCCCCUCAAGUCCCUGGGCGCCUGCCCCCACCUCCGCCACCGGACAACUCUGAUGGGGACAACGACAGCCUCAACAGCACCACCAACUCCAACGAGACCAUCAACUGCAGCUCGGGCUCCUCCUCCCGCGACAGCCUGCGCGACCCUCCCCCACCUGCCCCAGCUGCCUCCUCGGCUCCCGGGGGGCCCUGCAAACAGACCUACCAGCGGGAGACGCGGCACAGCUGGGACUCUCCUGCCUUCAACAACGAUGUUGUGCAGCGUCGCCAAUACCGCAUCGGCCUCAAUCUCUUCAACAAGUAUGAGAUGCUUGGGUGGAGUCAUGGGGAGGUGCCCAUGGAAGUUUCAGUAGUAGAAGGGUAGCCAUUUUGUAGGGAAGCGUUGGGCCUUACAAGGAAGCAGUGGGCUUAUUAUGGAGAAGGCUCUGUUGGGCCUGUUUCCCCCUGCUCUACAGCUCUGUCUCCCGCACUCUUUCCACACAACUCUCUCUUCAACUAGAGUUGAAGGUCCGAGGCCAGCUGGAGGACAUGAGAGAAAGCAUGAGGGAAAGCGGCGGCAGCGGUGGUACUACCCCGCAUGCCAGCUGUUAGGCGGGCAGGCGGAGCAGCCAAAACAAAACCCUGCUAUGCCUCCGGUCUCUCUGGGGCUUCCUCUGCCUUCACAGACAUCCUCUUCAGGCUCCGGGGAGGGUCUCCUCAUGAGCCAUAAGGACUCUCCAGCUCUUUCCCGCCAUUCCUGAUAUUUUUCUAUUUAUCCCCCCCCCCCCCCCGGUGCUGCAGGUAUAUGCAGCCAAACAUGAGUAGAAUGCGUGCAAGUGGAGGAACGAUGCCUGUACCCAAAGUGGCCUGUGGGCAGCUUGCAAGCAGGAUCUGCGUGCAACAGUGCUUUCUCCCCACUUGUGAUUCCCAGCAACUGAUAUUCGGAGGCUUGUUGCCUCUGACAGUGAAGGUAGAACAAAGCCUCCAUGACUAGUAGCCAUGGAUAGCCCUUUCCUUCACGAGCAACUCUUCCCCUGAGCUGACCCACACCCUGAGCAAGCAGGGCGUACAGCUAGGCAGUGGGGGAAAUGACCAGAUCGCUGGAUAGUCUGUUUCACCCUGGGGGGGGGGGUGUUGUGGGGUUGCUCAAGCACAUCAUUUACUGUGGGGCAUCAACAAUUUCUCAGUACUUCCUAGUUGCCAUGGUUUUUGUUCCACCCCUUCCCCUCUGGCUUCCCCUUUUUGUGUUUUGCCAAAAUAAUAAUCGGAAGAAACUUAAGAUGCAAAUGUGAACAGAUAGGCUCACACUGAAUAACUCCUAUUGAUCAUGUGGUUUGGGGUUUCCUGCUUGCAGAAUUUGGAUGUUUGAGGAGAACAGUGUGCAUGGACUUGACAAUAAUAACUUCGAUGAAAUUGCUGGGCAAUCACAAUGUACAAGCAUCAAGAUGGCACAGUUCCUCUAACUGAGGAUGGUUUCUCUUUGUGUGUUGUCUCCUCUCCUUCCAGGCUCAGCUAACAGGCUGAACCCAAACAAUAUUUGGCAGAAACAGGCAGUUGAAGGAGGAGAGAGACUGAUUAGUUGCUGCUGACUUUUGGACUGCCAGGCCAGGUGCUUGAAUAUUGGUAGAGAGGCCCAGGCAGAAAAUUUGGGGUCAGUUUAGAGACUGGGGAGUUCAGGUGCUGAAUUCCGGUUGAAAUUCCCGUUUUGCAAAAAUCUUAUGUUGUAACAAUGAGCCACCUCCCCGUGACACCUCAUUCCUCAAGAAGGUUACAGCUUUUGCUCCAUUUUGUCUAUUUCUGCCUAGCAUUACCCUCCCUUUUUUAUUGGCCAUGUUUCUGUGCCUUUAUUUAUUCACCUUAAAGCUUUUACAUACUGGUUUUCCUCACAAAUUGGUUUCCAUUUAUUAACAAAACAAUAUUUUUAAAAUGCCCCAUCAUAAUAAUGCAAUUUAAACACCAGUAAUUAAAUGACGACAAUAAAUGUGGAAGAAAUAAUCAAAGUAAACACUGCCUUCAAAGGCACAAGAAAGGCUGGAGCCAUUGUUGCUUCUAAGGUUGGGAGGGAGUUCCAUAACUGAGGUGCCACCAUAGAGAAGGCCUUGCUGCAGGUCUCCACACUGAACUGCACUCCGUGGUGGAGCUGCAAGCAGGACCCCUCCUGUUGAUCUCACGGUGCUGGGCAGAGGUGCUCCACCAAAUAACAGGCUGACAUGCAGAAAUGUAAGCAGGUGAAACUUCCCCCACCUCUUGUCAUGGAACUAAGUGAUGGGGAAAAGUUCCACAUGCUUAAAUUUCUGCACGUCAGGCUGUUAUUAAAGGCACUUGUAACACAGCCAGUAGAAAGGGGGCAGCCCAAUAGCCUGCCUGUGCCCCCUUUGGUCCCAGCCCACUUCCCUUCCACCUAUCCCAACUGGUUGAUAACUCCCUGCAGUGCACACUGGUCUUCUGGGCCAAGGAAGGGGGCGGGGAAGGCUCAGAUCUUGGCUUCCUGUUGCUCUUGGUAAUUUAAUUGCUACUGAGCAAGACAGCAUCUGUUCCACUGGCAGGAGGCAGGCUCUUGAGGGCUGGGAGGCAGCCAUCACAACAUAUUAACCAGCUGGAGUCAUGACUCACGUUGAAUCCUUGGGGCAAAGCGCCAAGCUGAGGGAGCUGCGUACCCUCCCUCCCUGGGAGACAAACCCUGCUCAUUUGCAGAUGGUUUGCCUGGCAGAAGAGGGAUUAGAAUGAGGCCCACUCAAUAUGUUUUGGUACUGGGAACAGAAAACCCAGAAUGGUAACACCCCCUCCCCCAUUAGUCGAGGUAGAUUGCUGUCCAUCAGGGCGUUCUCUGCUGGGAGCCCCAUUGUAAUGAGCAGGAACUUCUCAUGUGACUGCCCUGUCAAGUCAAAUCCAGUUGCCUCCUCCACUUGGUGGCUUUUAAUCAUGGCUCAGAAUUUGCUGCGUUGGCAUGAGUGCCAGAGCUUGCUUCAUGGGACUUGCCAUUGCAGGUUCUCAUUUCUGGAGAGAUCUUCACCGUGGUCCAAUAUCAUCCAGUGGGGGCAUCUGCUCUCCAGCACAUCUAGAGCAACUUUUGUGCCGUAUCAAUACCUCAUAAUUAACACUUCCCUCAUUGCUUGUGCUAUUUGGGAAAUACUGGUAAACCAAAAUGAGGCUGAGAAAAACUUUUCUCUUUGGGACCCAGAUGUUAAGUUGUAUCCCAACACACAAACACAAACAGGCCCCAUGACCUCUUUUUGCCUCUUUUCCAUAUUUAUUGGGGUGUGGGGAGACAUGGUUGAUGGGGAACAGUAUUGCCUACAUCUUGUGGCCACUGGAAGAAUUCAGUACUGAAACUUGAACCUAUAAGCAUGUGACAGAAAAAGAUGGUGGACAGUGCCAUUUCAGACUGCAGGAGAGGAAAUUUUGGUUUUUAAAAACCAAUUCUCUGUUAAAACUCCCUGAAAAUGGUUCUUGUUUACUUAAAGAGAAAUUAUGUGUCUUUCAUGAGGAAACAUUCAAAAAUGGUACCUCCUAUAUGUACCUCCUAAAGACUGUAUGUAGUACAGUCUAGUCUUAUCGCCUCAUUCUGCUGCAUGUGUAGACCAGGUCCCAGCCAGUGGAGAGUUUUUAAGACCAACUUUGUGACUUACUGAAUUUGCACCCACCCCUGCACCAAAGUUGGCCUUAGCCUUUUCACCCUUUUGCUGCCAGAGGCAAAGUUAGUGCCCCAAAUCAACUAAAUCACAUUCAGUCUCCUUCCUCCCCUGUGGGGGAUUGGGUUGAAAAGGAAAAGGGGAGCAUUAUGUGACUCCAUGGUAGGAGUUAGCCAUGGUCUGUAGAAAUGGCAGCCCAGCUAUCAGGAUCAGCAAGGACUCAAACUUGGAGCCUCUUGGUCUAUGCAAGGUGGAAGGAAAAGGGGCAUAGUUUUCCACCAAGCCAAGUGGUGUUGAUCAAGUUGAUUUAUGUUCAAAGCUGCAUGCUCCACUGUUGGAGCUAAGUGGUCCCCACGGUGAUUAUCCAUUACCAUGUCUUGGCUAUGGGGCAACUUGCUGUAAGAAUGUGAUGUUAGCCUCUUCCAGCAAUCUGGGGUGUCUGCUGCUGCAAAUGUUUCUUACCUGCAUUGACCCUGGAACAAACAGCUCCUGUCAAGGGAGUGCAAAUGUAACCAUUGUCUUCACAAUGUGGUUUCCUUGAUACUUGCGUAUCAGCUGUUGAACUAAGCGAGAACACAUUUCCUGGUAUUCAACUACGUUUCAUUCAGCGUAGACCCAUUGAAAUUAAAGAAGAUAACUCAUUUAGGUCUGUCAAUUUCCAUAUGUCUACUCUGAAUAAAACCUAGUUAACACCAUGCAUUCUGUCCUUAUCCUUGGGAACAGGGUGAGAUGUAUUUAAGGAUGCUAGUGAAGCAGAAGACCACCUGAGAGUUGCUUCCCAUGAUUUUUUGCAACAUCAGUAAGGACCCUGGGCUGCAUCUCUCAGAUUUUGUGGUGCUGUUUCUUGGAACAAGGAAGCAGCUUGCGCCAGCCUAGUUUGCAGAUGUAUUUACUGGGUCAUUUAUAAUAGCCAUCGUUUAACUUAUACCAGCCUUGGGCUUGUGCACAUAACCAAAUGGCAAUGUGAAGGCUGAAGUGGAAUCAAAUGGAGAAAAGAGCCGUUAAGUAGUCUGCAAAAGCCGUUGACUAAAAGCAGUAAAUACAAGACACAUUAGGUAAUUUAGUCGUCUUCCCUCACCUGUUCCCGUCCUCACCCCACUCCAGAUAAGCGCAUAUAGAAACCAUACCAGGCCGGGUCCUUUCUGCAGUCCUGUCCUCUGCUUGGAACAUGUGGGUUUAGGUCCCCUGGCAAAGCUCCCCCACCCCACCCGGACCCGGAUAUCUUCUUCUGAGGCUCUCCUUUGUGUGCCUCUUCCUCAAGAGGUCCAGAGGGUGGCAACAUGAGAACGGGGCCUUCUCUGUAGUGGUUCACCGUCUGUGGAAUGCUCUCCCCAGGGAAGUUCGCCUGGCUCCUUCAUUACACACCUUUAGGCGCCAGGCAAAAAUGUCGCUUUUUAACCAGGCCUCUGGUUGACCUGUUUGACAUCCUAUACCUUUUUAAAAUGUGGCUCUUUUCGGGGGGGGGUAUUGGGUUGUUGUUUUUAUUCUGAUUAUAUAUGUUGUGAUCUUUUCUGUGAACUGCCCUGAGACCUUCAGAUAUAGGGCGGUAUAUAAACUAUGAUGGUGGUGAUGAUGAUGAUGAUGAUGAUGAAAUAGGUGUUCUGCCCUGUAUAACUGAGCUGGGGGAAGUGGGCUCCAGGUGAAAAUGGUUCCAGGUGUGCAUAAAGGCUCCUUCUCAUCCCACCGGCAGGAAACCAGAGAAGGGAAUCCAGUAUUUGAUUGAGAGAGGCUUCCUGUCAGACACACCGGUUGGUGUGGCACGCUUUAUCCUGGAGCGGAAAGGGCUGAGCCGGCAGAUGAUUGGUGAAUUUCUUGGCAACCGGCAAAAGCAGUUCAACCGGGACGUACUGGAGUAAGGAGUUCUGCUUGAUUCCUUCCCCCUCCCCCUCACCACGGUUUUAACUUUUAUAGCUCAUCCUGUUCCCCAAGGCUCACAGUACUUACUGUUGUUACAUUUUUAAAAGAGAGAGAAGUGGUAGAAACACCAUAAGCUACCUUACACAAAGUCAUAAGCCAUCUCUCUAGCAAUGGUGCUCCGGGGUUUGGGACAGGAAUCCCUAGAUGCUGGGGAUUGACACAUGUCAGGCUAGCAUAUCUCCCCCCCCCCCCCCGCUGCUGUGUGUCACUGUCUGUCUUCUCUUGCCUUACAGUUGUGUGGUAGACGAGAUGGACUUCUCCAACAUGGACUUGGAUGAUGCAUUGCGAAAGUUCCAGUCUCACAUUCGGGUGCAAGGCGAGGCACAGAAAGUGGAGCGCCUCGUUGAGGCCUUCAGGUAAGUUGGAGGUGCUGCCAUCUUUCCGAGGUUUCCUUCUUGACCUGGUCUAGAGCAGUACAACUCCCUAUGGCUCUCACCAUGUUGGCUACUGGGAGUCCAACACCCCACCAGGUGAGCACCAGGUUGAGGAAGCCUGGUCUAGAGAUCGAGCCAUCGGCAAUGAGGAGCAUGUGGUUCUGUCGCAGAAUAUCUUUGGUUAAUCACUGCAGUAAGAGUGAGGUUGUACUGUGAUGCUACAACAUAUCGUGCCUGAAUUAUCCUGGACCAAGGGGCAUGUAAAUAAUUUUUUUACUGUUAGCAAUGAUUCCUAUAUAUAUUUAGAUGGAACACUGAAUUUGUUUUUGUUGAAAUAAACUAUGAGCAAGAGGAAAAACACUAGAGUUUGAAGGAUAGCUAAAUAAACCAUUCAACACUUAAAUGGGCAGGUUUAUGUGCUGACUCUGGUGUAUAAAUUUUGACUUAUGUGGAGCUGGAGUAAGUCUAGCUUAAUUAGAUCCCUUUCUACAGCGUUUAAAAGCUGUUGUUUUGAUUGGUCAUAUAUGCGCAUACAUCUCCGUUUGCAUGUAUCCCACCCACUCCAUCCAUCUGCUGCAAGAAAGAGCGGACAGGGAAUAUGUGUGUGGCUGUACAUGCGUAUAUGAGUGUGACAAAGCAGUAGGUGGUGGGCAGGCACAAGCAGGAGGUGCCCUCUUUCACCCCAUUGUCUGUUAAGACUGCAGAGCAUUGGCCAAAGUGGGUAGGCUGUAAAUCUGACUGAGUAGUAUUUAAGGACUUGACCCUGGAUCCUAAUACCACCUUUUCAAACUGUGAACUCUGUCCUGCAAAUCCAUAUUUUUUGUCUAACUUAAAAGUUGCAUGCAAUUGAUGGUAACUUAACCAAUCUGUCACUUGAUCUUUUACCUCUCCUCACUGUUUCAAUUUAUAUUCCUCCCUGGUAACAGUUAGCAAGUCUCUAUAUGUACUCCAAUUUGUCUCUGUGUUAAUUUUUUUCCGUGACAGAGCUUCCAUUGGUGACAACCACAUUGGUGUUUUUCUUUCUAAUAGGUUUUUGUAUUUUCCCCAUACCCUAUAAAGAUUUUUUUCUGAUUAUAUGAUUUGAGAAGCUCUUAUAUAUUCUAGCCUUCCUGUACCACAGGCACUCAUGCUAUCCCAAUUUUAGGUCAUACCCUUCCAGAUCCAGCAAAUAACUGUCCUUUAGUAAAAUCCAUUAUUUCAACCAACAUAAACAUGAUGUGUCAAAAUACAAUUGUAAGUCAGGGAGGGCGAAACCACCUCUCUCUUUGCUAUCAAUCAUAAUCUUAUGUUUUAUCCUGGGUUUUCUCCCCUGCCAAAUAAACUUAGAUAGAUCUUCCUGCCAUUCCUUAAAGUUUCAUGUAUCAUUGACUAUAGAGACUGUCUGAAAUAGAAAUAGCAUCUUUGCAAAUCACGGACCUGUCCCUAGUAAUCACAACACAAACUGAAACGUGGAUAAGCCCUAAGUAACUGAAUUUGGUACCCAUUGAAAAAUGGGACAAAUUAGUUGUGACUUAAGUCCCAUUUAUUUCAUUGGAAACCAAGUGCAACUAACUCAGUCUGGAUCCACCCUAUGUCUCUAAAUAGAUUAAUCAGUGAAUUACCUGCUUAUAGUUACAUACAUUAGCCUGUUACAAAGCAUUUGUAAUAUGAGUUUUUGAAUUGUGAUAUUGAAGAGAAUGUGAGAGAACUUGUGUUUUAAUAAAGAAAAGCUACUAUUAAUUGUUAGAAGAAAAGGCCAUAUUUUUCUUUUUUUGUUCCAUAUUAUAGUAAUGCACCAGCACCAAAACAACCUCAAAAAACAAAGAAUGUCUUUUAAUUUUCAGCUUCAUCGAUUUUAAAAUUGGGCUCCACCAGUAAAUCAGCUUAAUCCUUUGGUAAUGAAUCUGUUGAUUAAUCCAGCUUAGAGUGUUCAACCUGCUAUUUAUAUGACUAGAAGGCUGCUUGUAAAUGAAUGUAGUAGCUGUGAGUUGCAUUCUUCCAUAAUGGGAUGUGGAAUGUUCAUACAUAUUUAUAAUUUGAAAAUAGAAUAAGAGAGCCAAUGAACCCCUUUAAUUUUAGAACUUCCUGCCACAGUAUGAAUUAUACGUUUUUUGGGGGGGAUACUAUUUUUAAUUUAGAACCCAGAAUGGUUAGAUAAUGUCUUUUACUUUCAGUCCUCUAAAACCCCCCUCUACACCAUACAUGUGAAGUAGUAUCCCACUUGUAGGAUCCUGGGACCCCCAUAUCCCUCACAGAGCUCAGUUUCCAGAGUUCACUGGGAAGAGGGAUUGACGGUUAAACCCUGAGGAAACCACUCACCUUCAGCAGCAAAAUCUCUUGAGCUGCUUCGGACUCUUCUCUUCCUCUGGCCUUUUGUGCUGAUGGUUGCUUUCUUUUCGCCUUGACUUCCACCGCAUUUCGUUUCAGCCAGCGCUACUGUGUGUGCAAUGCCCCAUUGGUGCGCCAGUUUCGGAAUCCAGACACGAUCUUCAUCUUGGCUUUUGCCAUCAUCCUCCUUAAUACCGACAUGUACAGCCCCAGUGUCAAGGCGGAGAGGAAGAUGAAGCUGGAUGACUUCAUCAAAAAUUUGCGAGGUAAGCAAGAACAGCACUCAAAUGAUCCUUUCUGGCGUUGUCUCUUACGCUUGGCUCCUCAUGAUCACAUGGUUGGAAUCCCAAAGGAGUCCCCUGCUUCCCUGGGAGUUCAGGGAAAGCACAAAAUGUGUCAAGCAUAAAAUGCAGCUUCCCAAAAGCCGUGUGUGUGUGUGCGCGCGCGUAUGUGUGUUUUAAACCCAACAGGUUUCUUGCCAUUGUGGCUAAAAAGGCAGCUUGCAGGUGCAUGAACAAUGCCUGCUAAAAUCUCAGAAGCCAGAGAGAGAUCUGUAGCAUACAUUCCAAGUGUCCCGACUUUCCAGGGACAGGAAAAUCCCAGAAGUCAUCCCAGUUUCAUUUCACCACUGGCAGGAAGUGAACUCUUUGGAGACUAUACCUGGCAUAGGACAACCCCUUUAUCUCCAGUUCAGCUUCCUGCAAGCCACUGGCAGGCUGUUUUGCCGGCUGCUCUGAGCGCGGCAAAAGAGAAGAGGUGGGAACGCCAACUUGGAAGGGAUUUUUCCUUUGUUUGUUUGCUCCUUACCCUCUUUCUGCUCCCUUCCGCUACUCCUACCGGGUUCUCAUUUUCUCCCAGCUCCACAGAGCUCUGCUUUCCCUCCUCCCAGCAUCCAUAUUCUGGGCCCUUUGUUCUUUGUUUUUCGGCCUACAGCAGGGGUCAGCAAACUUAUCGCGCCUUGGGCCGGUGUCUCCAGCGUCGAUCGCGCGGAGGGCAGGGGAGCGUGUGCCCAUACGUGUGCGCACACGCUAUUUGCAUUGCACUUCCAGGUCGGAAAAGCACUGGAAAUAGCUUGUGCGCAUGUGCACGGGCUUCCUCCAACCCGGACGUGCACCGGAAAUAAUGCUUGCGCAUGUGCACAAGCUAUUUCUGGUGCUCCUCUGACCCGAAAGUGGGCAGCUGCACAGCGCAGCGUCGGUAAGAGCGGGUGGCGGGGUUCGCGCGGGCCGGAUAAACGAGUCUCUCGGGCCUUAUCCUGCCCACGGGCCUUAGUUUGGGGAUGUUCUGGAUGUUCUGGGGGGAAAGAGCUUGAACAGGCGGAAAGGCAUUUCUCAAGAGGAAUCUUGUUUUUGGAGAUGGAUCUUUCUGCAGACUCAUCGGAGGAGUCACUGGGCGCCUGUGCUAAGGGGCCCUGGGGUUUGUCCUGACUCCCGCAGCAGCAGCAGCGAGUCCCUCAGCUGCGCAUGUGUGGGGGCCCUGAAAGGCCAGUUCCAGCACUUCCAGGAAAGGGGGGAAGGGGACCCCUUGCAGGAUGGCCCUUGUUUGCUCUUGAAGGGCUGGCCUGUCUGGGACAGACUCCGGACCUCCCUGCAGCCCCACAGCCUCCCUCCGCCUGCCACGGGCCCUCAGGGCCCCUUCAGCAGGGGCAGCAGCAGGAGAAGGGCCUCGGGAGAGCAGGCAUGGCUCCAGCAGGGCUGCGAACCAUCUGGCCAGAUGCACAGGAGAAGAGAAGGAGGGCUGACCCCUCUCCUUCCCUCUCAGACUCCAUCCAUCCCCGCAUGCUACUGUCAGGAGGGGAAGUCUGCAAUCCGCUGCACCUGCUGUUCCUGACUCUUCUCUCCCUAGGCUGACAGUGAUGGGCUACAAAAAUAAUGAUGGUGGUGAUGACCAAACAGUGAUUGGUUACUUCAGCAGAACAGCCACCACCCUCCUAUUGAAAUGAGAAGAAAGCACAACCUAAGUUAAAGUGCAUCUUGUUAGUGUGCCUUGUGGUAUUUUUAAGGCAUAGAAAAUGAGGGUGAACUUAACCUCCCUCGCAGACAACCUUUCAGAUCAAAGGAAAACUCUUACAUGCACUUACAGAUUGUACAGGAGGGCCAGGAAUGGAUGGAGGGAAGGAAGCAAGCUUUAUUCUUUAUUGUUUGUGCAGUCUUACUUUUUUGCAGCACCACAGAUAUAAUAAUCCUCAGGAUUUAGCUCACUCAACUUCUGUCCCUGUAAGUCCACAUGUUGUGUCUUGGCAUAGAUGUUUUCUAUAAUUCCAUUUCUACCCUUCAUUUUCAGUAGAGUAGGCCACGCUUGGGACAGGUGGGCAACCUCACAAGCCCUGUGAUUUUCUAAGCCAAUACUGACCUAAUUAUGUUGGUUAUCUGGGUAUUCAAUUCAUUUCCUCAUGAGUGAAAACUCUUUACUAAUAUGUCAGUCUCAGGUAAACCCAGUUCCCCCACUUGAUUCCACUCAUCAGCUUUAUAAUUCUAACAAGAAGUCUUCAUUAGUAUAUCAGAAAGGACCCAGGAUCUGGAAGAACGUUAAUUAAGGCUGAAGACAAAUAAUUGUUUUUUCAGAGUCCUGAAAGCAAUUGGAAAGGAUUGCUACUUGUGAUGCAAAUGUCCAGGAAUUAGAUAUAUGAUCUGUGCUGGGAGGGCUUGCACUUCCCACAAAGGAAGACGUUUGUAGUCUGGGAGUCCUCCUCAGGUGGAAUUCAGCAGCAUGCUAAGGAGAUCAUUCCAUCAGCAGAAGGAUGUUUGCUUGCCAGACAAAAUGUCUCCCCUCUCCUCCCCCUGCACACUGUUCUGGGGGUUCUCCCAACCCUCCUGAGCAGAUCUGAGGAGGGAGGAGAGGGGCAAAGUGCCAUUGCACCAGCGGGAGUCCUUGUGCUGGCUUCUGCUAGUGCAACAACUUAACUGAAUCCAGCCCUUGUCACUGAAGUCUCAAGUGGUUUCUAUGGCUAAAAGUGAUUGUGCCCAGUAACUCAAAGCAGGGUUUUUAGUGUGGCUGUUCCUGUUCUGUGGAAGAGCAUUCCUGUUGAGAGACAACAAAUGCCCAGUUAGCUGCACUUUCUGAAAACAACUGAAGACAUUUUUGUUCUAACGUGCUUUCCUUAGCUGGAUAAAUGGGUCUUUACCAUGGAUGUCAGCUUUCUAUGGUUUUGUUUUCAUUUUAAAUGUAUUUGCUGUUUUUGUGUUUUUAAUUGUUCUUAAUUUCAUUUAUUGUACAUUACCUUGAUAUGGUUUAGAAAACGAUUAAUAAAUCAUUAAUAGUAACAGACCCCAUCAUGGAACUGAAACCGCCUGGUCCUGCUGGUCGAUGAUCUCCUGUGGCCCAGGGACAGAGUUGAAAGCUGUUUCCUGGUUCUGCUGGAUCUCUUAGCAGCUUUUGAUACCAAUGACCAUGGUAUCCUUCUGGACCAUCUAGGGGAUUUGGGAGCUGGGGGCACAAUUAUGCAGUAGUUCCAUUCCAUCCUCUGGGGCCAUGUCCAGAAAGUGGUGUUGGGGGAUGACUGUUCAGACCCCUGGGCUGUCACUUGCAAGGUGCUUCAGGGCUCCAUCCUCACCCUAAUGCUUUUCAACAUCUAUAUGAAGCCUCUGGGAAAGAUCAUAUGUGUUUCACAAGCAUUCCAUAUUGCUUUUACUAAAAAGAGAUCCAAGGUUUGCUGUUGGCUUAUUAAACCUGGCAUGUUAGGGUGAAAUAAACCACAAUCCUUUAUUCAGUCAUAAUGCUAGCCUUCCUGGUUUGUUUACGCCCCUUGUGCAAAUGAAAGACCAAAGCAGUAGUGAUCAGGCUGUGUGCACCAGCAGAUGUAAGCCUGGCUAGUAGUAGCAUCAGAUAAGUCAUUCAUUGCUCCAACCUCUGUCUUCAGUAAUGAAAUAAUAUUAUUAGCUUACUUUGUUGCAAAGACUCAUGGGAAUAACCUAUGGAAAGCACUUCACAGAGCUGCUUUUGCUUUUGAGAGUGACUAAAUCUGGCCUAGUCUUUUCCUGCAGCCUAUGGACUUGCUCUUUUGUUGUUGCUUCACCAGGGGUAGAUAACGGCGAGGACAUUCCCCGUGACCUGCUGGUAGGGAUUUACCAGAGAAUUCAGAGUCGGGAGCUGCGCACCAAUGAUGACCACGUAUCUCAGGUCCAAGCAGUGGAGCGAAUGAUUGUGGGCAAAAAGCCGGUGAGUGGGAAGAGGCUGUCUGAGGAGAUGGAUUUGGGUUUACUGAAGGUUUCUGCCCCUCUUUUUGGCUCCACUCCUAACAUUUUCUGUCUGUCUGUCCCACCCAGGUUCUCUCUUUGCCCCACAGGCGCCUGGUUUGCUGCUGCCAGCUGUAUGAGGUCCCUGACCCCAACCGGCCACAGAGGCUUGGGCUGCACCAGAGGGAGGUCUUCCUGUUCAACGAUUUGUUAGUGGUAAGGGCAGGGCAGGGAGCUAAGACCAGGUUUUGGUGGUGGAGGGAGGGUUAGAUGAUGGAGUUGCUUGUUUUGAGCAGAUUUGGCUGCCUCACCAUGCACCUGCUUUGACAUGCCUGGGUGAAGUUGGACCUUGUGGACAUUGUCACAAAAAUCUUCAAGAUUUCUUGGAAGAAGCUAUGACUGCUGAGCUGUGCUUUAUACUUGCCUGUCUGUCUGCUGCUUCCUGGUUCUCUCCCACAGUGCUUUUGUGAUGCCACAUGGCCAUUGCCAUGAGGUGAUAGGCUGUCUCAAUGCAGGAGACUGACUAAUUAAAAAAAAAUGUUUUUGUCAGUAGCACCACAUAGUAAAGAAAAGGACUCUGUGGAUAAAUUAAAUUAAUGAAUCUGUUUUAAACAUCCAUGCCGCAUUCCAUCCAAGCUUCUUCUGAGCUCCCACUCUGCUCUGAAAACAUCCAUAGGAAAAUACCUUAUGGGUUGAACCGACAAUAAAAGCAAAUAAGUUCUUAACUUGUAGGUUAGACUGUUGCAACUCAGGAAAGAAGCAGGAAAGAAGCAGCCAAUUGGGUGACUGAGCACUGUGCUUGGGUUAGUGAACAGUUAGCUCACUGCUCUCUCUACUCCUCAUCGAUCCUUUGCUUUCCCACUGCAUCUCCUCACACCAUUUAGGUGACAAAGAUAUUCCAGAAGAAGAAGAUCCUUGUGACCUACAGUUUCCGCCAGAGCUUCCCUCUUGUUGAGAUGCAGUUGCAGCUCUUCCAGAAUUCAUGUGAGUUUCUCUUAACCAUAGGAGCCUAGAAGCCUGGUUGUUGCACCCACCCAGGGCUCAACCAGCACAACAUACUAUCAGCUCUCCCAGAUCAACAUCUUUUCUCCAUCCUCUCCGUGAUUAGCCCCCUGAGCUCUUCUCAGUGAUCCACACUGAUGUUGUGCCUUCAGCCCCAUACCUAUUGUGGACCUCAUUACUGCUCAUGCCUUUGUCUGUAGCUGGAGACGUUCUGGUUCCCCAUCUUGGAGCAAACCCUUUGCCUGGGCCCAGCUCUGUGUUGCCAGUUACCCGCAUUGAAGGGGAGGGUGAGUAGUGGGGCCCACAGUCACCCAGCAUCUCACUCUCUGCCACCCAGAUUACCAGUUCGGGAUUAAACUGCUCUCAGCUGUUCCUGGUGGGGAGAGGAAAGUCCUGAUCAUCUUCAAUGCCCCCAGCCUGCAGGAUCGGUUGCGCUUCACCAGUGACUUGCGGGAAUCCAUUGCUGAAGUGCAAGAGAUGGAGAAGUACCGUGUGGAAUGUGAGUGAUGGGUGGGGAUUGUUGAAGGACAGGAGGGGGGACAUGGAUAGGAAGGGAGGCAGCGGGUGGGAUAAUGGAUGAGGGUUGCUGAUGGCAUCAUUGGGGCAGCAUCCAGCAGCCCAGGUUUGCCAGAGUGGACUGGAAGACAUUCAGGGAAUAGGAUGACUUCUCCCACUGGGCUAGAUAGGCAGGGCCUUUUGAGUCUUUUCCUCCUCUUCCAGGGGCCACCCUCCAGUUCUGCCCUACUUCUGGUCAAGUUAGCAGGUUCUUUUUUUUCUCUGUGAGGAAAACAAUUCCUUUGUUGUUUCUCUUUUGCCUUAAUUCUUGCUUCUUCUGUGUUGUUUAUUGUCUGUAGGAUUUGGCUGAGACCAGGUUUUGUUUUGUUUUAUUUUUGGUGUCAUGGCUGCUGAGCCAUGUUUCAUUGAUAUUCUGCCACUCCCACUGCAGCCCACUAUGGUUGAGGGGCAGGAUCCUGAGGGUUCUCUUUUGAAAGUCCCCAGACCCAGGGAAUAUUUCAUAUUGCCUUCUCCAGGUGUCAUGAGUGGGGUCCUCAGCAGUGCUCAGUCCACACACCUUUCUGAGGUUUUCCCAGGAAAAGGGAAUUUCCUAAAUUUAUGUCAUGGAUAUAUAUAUUUAAAUUUAUGUCAUGGAUAUAUAUUUCUAAGGAAAUUAAAGGCUCUAUACACAGGUCUAGGGGUCAUAAGAGAACCAGAUCCCAAUCUAGAAGGCAUUCUACACAUAAGUACAAAUGCAAGCACCUACCUAAGAGACAGAGGGACGCGGGUGGCGCUGUGGGUUAAACCACAGAGCCUAGGGCUUGCCGAUCAGAAGGUCGGCGGUUCGAAUCCCCGUGACAGGGUGAGCUUCCGUUGCUCGGUCCCUGCUCCUGCCAACCUAGCAGUUCGAAAGCAUGUCAAAGUGCAAGUAGAUCAACAGGUACUGCUCCGGCGGGAAGGUAAAUGGCGUUUCCGUGCGCUGCUCUGGUUCGCCAGAAGCGGCUUAGUCCUGCUGGCCACGUGACCCAGAAGCUGUAUGCCUGCUCCCUUGGCCAAUAAAGCGAGAUGAGCGCCGCAACCCCAGAGUCGGCCACGACUGGACCUAAUGAUCAGGGGUCCUUACCUAAGAGACAUGAAGGGGGCAGAUCUCACAGGUCUCAAAGCCCAUGUUUUCUGCCAUGGGGUCUUUCCUCUCAUGGGUACUGCAUUGACAAAGAGAUUAAAGACUCCCUUCCUCAUAGCAAACACAGAAGGGAGAUCUAAAAGUCAUAAAAUGAAGAGAUCCCACAGAUUUCCAUCAAAUAGCCUAUCUCCUCUUUUAAGCUCCUCCAUUAGUUUUUCUCAAGGCUGCUUCUGCCAAAAGUGUCAAAGAAGGAGUUGGAAUCUGCACCUGAAUCCCCCCCCCCCCCCACAGGCCUUUCUUGGCAAAAGCCAGCCAGAUUUUUCAGCUUACUGAGAAACAGCCUGUUGAACCCUCAGCCUGCUCCCUGGCUACGGGUGUUAAAUAUUUUUUCCUUCUGCCAAAACAGCUACAGUGCUUUUUCUAUAAGCCUUCAGUUGUGUUGCAAGACUGAGUGGGAUUUUCCCAGUAAGUUGUUCUAGCUUUCCUUAUCAUUAUUCCCCCCAUCACUAAUUCCCUCAGGGUUUUUUUUAAUGAGAUUCAAAAGCCCCCCCCCCCCCAAUUGGGUAACUUGUUUGUUUUGUAAAAUUUAUGUAUGACUUGAGUGUAAGAACAAAAAAGCUCAAAGCAGUUUACAAAAUGAAGGGGAUGCCCCUGUUCUGUGUGGAGGCAUUUACAAGCACAAUUGGUCCUUCCAGAUAGCUACAGUCUGAAAUGAUGAUGUUUAUUUAAUUACCUCAUGAGGAUAUUUAGGAGUUCCCUAGAGGAAUUACCCUGCUGGAUGAAAUGGCAAGAUGAGCUUGUCAUUUUUCGAGUUUCAAGAGGCUUCUUCCUUAACUAUUAAAUAUAUAUAGUUGCCUCUCUUUUCACAGUUUUCAACUCAUUGUCUUAAGCAACCCCUGAAAUACACUCCAUGUAGUUUUCUGUACAGUAUGUGUAACUUGGCUAUGGCUUAUGCAUGAGGGUAGAUACAACCUCAAUAUGCUAGCCUGUUUUUUCUGCCUACAUCUUGACAGUUCAGUUAAAUAAAGUGUACAUUAUUAAUGCAAAAUAAAUUUUCCUCAUUCCUUACUUUGACAGAUAGUUCCUUUGGAGAGUUUUGAAGAUUUUUUAAAUAGAAUGAAGGACAAGAAGAUGCUUUCCUCCUUCUGUUGCCUAAUUAAGUGGAACAGCAACUCCCAAGCUUUGUAGUAGUCCAUUACAUCCUUUCAAGUGGUAGUUCAAGUAUGGGGAUGGCUGGCACUGCAUUGGCCCCCAUUGCAUGGCAGGAUCCUGCCACUGUGCAGAGGUUGAGAAGCUUAUCUAGCUAGAGAAGCUGGUACUAAAACAUUCAGGAGUAUUGUUAGCUGAAUGUACUGGUGUAUAUUAGGCAAGUUCUUGCUCCUCUUAUCAGGAUUCAGUCCUUUUGGGCAGAGGUGAUUUUUAUAGCUCCAUUUUAGCUCAGGUCUCCAAGGUUUCCAGAUCUGCUGAAUCUGUUGGUACAUGGAUCUUCUCAGUUAGGGUCCAGUGUUCCAUCCUCACCCAGACCUCUUCCACCUGACAAGAUCUGGUUGACCUCACUGGAUUUUACUGGCUUCCAGAAGGGCAUCAACCAAAUGUAUUUACUGCACUACCUGGAAGUCUUACCUGUCUUGGUGUUCCUGGUCUGGAGUGGGUCCUCUCUUGCAUGACAUUCAUGAUUUUCUUCCAUUUCUUCAGGAAGGGAUAAAUAAGGGACUUAGCACCAUCACCAUCAAAAGACAAGUGGCCUCCCUUAGCAGUGUUUUUUUCUUGUCUGGAUAGGGAUCUGUUGUCUUCCCAUCUGAUGUUUAAAUGUUUCCUCAGGGGGGUUAUUUGUCCUGCACCCUGGUCAUAUAUCGAUUCCUUUCUUGGAAUUUAAAUUGGGUUCUUACAGCUUUCAUGAGUCUGCCUUUUGACCCCUUGGUUCCUAAUCCAAUUUUUUUAACGUUGAAAAUUGUUUUCCUAGUAGCCAUUACAUUGGCUCAUUGGGUUUCAGAGUUGGGGCCUUUGUCCUCUGAUCCACAGCUCAGCAUUUUUCAUCACAAUAAUUUGUGUUAUGUCCAGACUCUUCUUCCAUGUCCAAAUUUAAUUCAGAUUUUCAGAGAAACCAAGAAGUGGUGCUUCAUUCCUUAUAUCCCCUUCAUUCUCUUUUGGAGUGUGAAUUCACAUAUUUUUGCUGUCUUGGUUUGAAUGAGAGUAUAAGUGUUGUGCUAUGUAAUUUCCAAAUGCAAACUGUGUCUGUUUUGGCAUAGGUUUUUGUGCUGGGCAUCUUCACCAUGGCUGUGCUUAUCUUGCGGGGGGUGGGAUGAAUUAUCAACUCUGCCAGGUAGUUCUGGGGGGCAGGAUGGCUCCUCCCCUGGAAGAGGAGGCAAAAUAUUUGAAAGGCCCUGCCUAUCCAGUCCAGUGGGAAGAGUCAUCUUACUCACUGAAUAUCCUUCAAUCCAUUCUUCAAACAGAAAUUCAUGGGAAGCACCACUUUCCAUUUUUUGAAAAGAAGCCCUGACUCAAAUAAUUGUGAGGCUGCUAGGUUAGCCUGAAUUGAGGUUUGUAAUAAGCCAAGGGGGGGGGGUGAGAAGAGGGUUUUAGAGCAGAACUGUGUGCCUUACACAAUACUUAAGUGAUUCUAGUCCUCAUUGCUAUGGAAAUGGAUAUGAAAAUGGGUAGUAAUAAUAAUAAUAAAAAUAAAAAUACCCCACCCAUCUGGCUGGCUUUCCCCAACCACUCUGGGCAGCUUACAGAAUAUAUAAAACAUAAAAAGCAUCAAACAUUAAAAACCUCCCAAUACAGGGCUGCCUUCAGAUGCCUUCUAAAAGUUGUAUAGUUCUUUAUCUCCUUGACAUCUGAAGGGAGGGUUUUCCACAGGUAAGGCGCCACCUUUGUGAUUUUCCAUUCCUUAUACAUGCCCUUCUUACAUCUCAGCCCAUCUGUAAGCUACUUAUACAGCCACGCCAGUUUCUUUAGAUGCCUCCCACUGUUCAGGGAUGAUGGGUAUUGUAGUUCAACAACAUUUCAAGGGCUGCUGGUUCUCUUCCCCUGUUUCAGAUAAAACCCUACAAAUGUUUCAUGGUUUUUGUUUAUUAUUUCCAAGCAUCACUUAUAGACUCCUUUAGUGUAAACUGGAAGCAAGUCCUGUUUGUCGGGGAGGGCUGAGAAGCAUCCAGCAGAAUGGCCCCCAAAUCUCACCGCCUCUCUCUUUUUCUUCUACACACAGCGGAGCUAGAGAAGCAAAAAGGCGUGAUGCGCCCCAAUGCCUCCCCCUCAUCUGGGCCCAAGGAUGCCGUGAACGGGACCCUGACUCGCAGUAGCCUGGAGGAUGCCUACACUGUGGGAGAAGGGCUGAAGCGGAGUGCCCUCAGCAGCUCCCUUCGGGACCUCUCGGACGCUGGUGAGGGGCUGGGGGUCAGGACCUUCCAUGGCUCCAGGAGGAGAGAACCUAGUGGGCUUCAGGCUGGGAUGAAGAUAAGGAAGGAAUUUCUGGGUUUAUGCUGAUGAGAACUUUAAAAGAAACAUCACUAGAUUCCACAGGAAAUUAAAUUUGUGAGAGGUCUUGGGAUCUUUCUAGCAUGCCAGGCUUUGCCAGGCAUCCUUGAGGGCCUCUAAAGUAGACCAUCGCAUGACAUCACUGACUGCCCCCCCCGCCCCCCAGUGUGUUAGAGGCCUUUGCAUGCCUCUAGUAAAGCUUCGUGAGCCAUUUUGGGUUCCUUUUUUGUAGAUUCCAGACUUUGGGCCACUUCAUACCAGUUUUCUGGUAGGGCAUUUUUCGAGACUACCACUUCAGGGUUUAGAUGUGGCAGUUGCUUAUUUGAAUGAAGAAGUAAAAUCCCUACGUGUAGGAAAAUGGCCGGCCAUGGAGAAGUCUAGGCUGAACCUUCUCCUUGGCAUGCUAGUCUUUAUUUGCUGAUGUCGACCACACAGUGCCACUCGCAAUGCACUGGAGCAGGGGGUUACCAGAAAAGCCUUUGACACUUGAUUCCACUGAAGACUCGCUGUCUUUCGCAUGGAUGUUUUGGUGCCAUCCAGAUUUUUUUUAAAAAGCUCAGUUCUUCUCAAACUUUGCUUGAUUUUGGUUCCACUCCAGAAAUCAGCCCAUCUCUAGAAUGUAAUUAUUGUGGCUCCCUCUACUGGCUAAAAAGAACAUGUAACGUAUGGAUAAUGUUUCAUCCACCAUGAUUUUAAUUCUAAUCCACAAAUCUGACUAAAAGACAUUGAGCCCCAGGAUUUGGGAUUCGUAGUGUUGAUUGGGUGGCUGCUGUUUGCUGGUGACUCCGUGCUUUUGGUGGAUGGAUGUGUGUCUCUCUUGCUUUUUGGAGCCAACCUGAUUGUGAGGAAGGGUGCUUAUUGAGCAUUCUGAUUUGUUCACAGGGAGAUUAUUGCUUAAUGCUGCCUAUCCCAGAGGUUAGAUGACAUUGCAUCAAAGCAAAGUGCUACCCCACACAUUUUCCUAUCACUUCCCUUACUGCUAAAGUCUGAACUUUUCAGGAAAUGGGUUUGUUGCACAAGACCUCUCACUCAGCUAUAAUUGCGCAGCUCGAAUGCAGUGGUCUGUGACUGAAUCCCACCUAAAAUAGCAGCUUGGAAGUGCCUGAAGAAACCCAACGUGUGUGUGUGUUAAAGAGGGGGCAGGACACUGCCGAGGGCAUACUUUGACACAGAUAAUGACACAGAGCAGAAGAGGCCCCCUGCUUCCUAUAGGCCCGUAAGACCAUGGCCACCCUCCAUCUGACUGAAGUGGGAGAGGGGAGGAGACUCUCUCUGUGUUUUAGGUCCUGUCUUCUGCUAACUCUUCCUCUGCUCUGUUGCUGUGCUUUGUGGGAUUGGGUUGCGGGAUGGCGGGGGGCUCUUGGCCUGGGCUCCCCUUUUUCCCUCCCCUCCAAAGUGGGAGUGUUGGCUGUAAGGGAGGGGCAGGGUGGAGUUCAGGUCUCGCUAACCCCUGCUCUGUUGCAGGCAAGCGGGGCCGCCGUAACAGCGUGGGAUCAUUGGACAGCACAAUUGAAGUAAGUGGGCUGAAGGAGGAGGAGGAGGAGGAGGAGGAGGAGGAGGAGGAGGAAAGGGAGCCAGAGAUUGAGGGGGGGAGGGACACAGGUGGAGUUUCCCCAAGCCUUCCCACUCUCUGCCUUGCAGCCUCUCUCUUCUCUCUUUCUUUCUCUCUUUCGCAUUUACUUCCACUCUUAGCAGAGGAAGACACAGAGGUUUAAGGGAUGUGGGAAGUCAUUUCUUUGGUGCAGAAGAGUUGGCGGACUCGUCCCAGUCUGAAUUACUUUUAGUUAAAGCCAACCCUUCUUCAGGCAGGCAGAAAAGUAUGGCCACCUGUGAGUCUCAAGUCCUAGCCCCAUAGGUGUGGGGGAAUUAUAGGAGCCAGUUGUCUAAUACCCCAUCUUUCUCUCUGUGUGUGUCUCUCUUUCUCCUUUCUGCUUCCUCUCCCUCCACCCACCUACAUCCCUUCAGGGGUCUAUUAUUAG